GGGCUUCAGUCCACUUGUUCAGAUGCAAGGAAAGAUAGUCCGCCGUGGUGCUUCAGCAGAUGACAAUGUGAUGGAAUGAGCCAAGGACAAUGGGAUCCCGGAUCAAGUAAGACCAUGGGCUGCAGGGUAGGGGAUUGUGUCUGCAAAGCCUGCUCACCUUCACUUUCCUUCGGUUUUAAUUCUUCCAUGCAGCAAAGUAAAUCAGGAUCUACCUGAAACUAUUCCUCCUCCAACUGACCUGAGAGUUGUAUCCCACUAGAACACCUUGCAAUGCUGGAGGACAUGCUAUGGGCCAACUCUUCAAGUUUUGUGUUGUUGGGAUAAUUAAUUGCUGAUUCAGGCCAGAUGGCCGUGCAUGGAAAUCUCUUGGCUUGUAAACAGUUUUAGGUCCAGGGUGAACAACCUGUGACCCUCCAGUUGUUGCUAGACUACAGCUUCCAUUAUCAUUAUUCCAUUAUUACUAGUGGCCAUGCUGGCAGGAGUUGAUGGACAUUGGAGUUCAACAUCUGGAGGUUCACAGUUGUCCACUCCUGUCUUAGGAGGUCAUUGUGUGUGGUGGGAUUCUUGAAGAAUCAACAGCCAUUGGGUUACAAGAGCCAAGACAUCACAGAAAAUACUGGUAGGAUAGGAACAGAUAGGAUACUCAUUUAUUUGUCUUCAGAAGCUGGCCAUGGUAAUAAAGGUCAUCUCCUGCAAGGGACUUUGCUCUUCCCGUAUUUUGUUUUCUGGUGAUGCCACUGAUGAUAUAAUGUCUGUUCUAAAUGGCAGCUACUUUCCAGAUUCUCUUUACCAGUUCUGGUACCUGAUAUCACUUUUUAACCAGAGAGAACCAGGAAGAAUAGUAGAAAUAUUAUUCAGUCUGGUAUCUCCAAGGCACAACAUUCCUGGCAUGAAAUUCAGCUCAGGUACUUCAGAUAGGCUGCAUAUAACUUAGGUGCACACAGACUUGUUUAUUGCUUCAGUUGCGAGGGCACAAUUAACAUUUCUGCCCCACCCCAGUCUACCAUUUCAUGCCUUCCAAUUGCCUCUUUAUUCCUGACAUGUUGGAGCAAAACAAACUAAAGUCUGGCAACUCUGAUGUAAGAAAGGAAAUACUCAGAGCAUGUGCAGUUUCACAUUUCAAACUCACAGCACCCUCAUGACCGCAGGAAUGAAAUAUUUUUUUGCUUCAUUGAUCCAAAAAACAACAACUAUGAAUAAGCACCAUUUUGCAAGGAAAAGUACUUGUAAGGCAAAAAUAAUAGAAUGAACAUGUGUAACCAUGCAUAUACCUGAUCAGGGAAUACACACCUUCUGCACAUGCAGUCAAAGUGCCAAAUAGCCACUAUUUUUGGAGACAAAUGGUGUAUAUCUGAUCUGACAGGGGAAACUUUGAGAUUAACUCCUAUGCUGCUUUUGUUUUAUGUGACUGAGGAUAAGGAUGAUAUAGGCUUAGGAACUACUAGUACAGAGAUCCUGUUUAAAGUUGGAAAGAUCGAGUGGGCUAGAUGCUAGAAUAUGGCACUCUCAGCAAUCUGCAUCUAAUUGGGAUUCGUUAUUAAACUGCUUGGAGCUGAUAUAAAUGGACAAAUUAACCAAACUGAUAUGAAGGAAAGAAAGUAGACUCUGAAGUGUUAACUUUACAGAGAGAUGGACCUAUUUUACAGAUUGUUAAAAUAUAUUAUAUGGAGAUGUAAGACUGGAGACUUCAGAUAUUAAGAAUUAAGUUUGCCUCUAUCAUUUUUGGAUCAGUUUGAUCAUGCUGAAGUCACAGAAUGUUGGGAAUCAGAUGAUGAUCAUGAUGAUUUAUUGAAUUUAUACACUGCUCUAUACCCAGCAGUCUCAGGGUGGUUCACAGAACAAAAUCAAAAUAUAAAACCACAAUAUAUAUAAUCAAAAUAAAAAAUAACCCAAUAAUAACCCCCCCACACAAAAAACCCCCACAUUUUACAAGGGCAUACGAUGUAAAUCAGACCAACCAAAGGCCUGGUUAAAAAGGAACAUUUUUGCCUGGCGCCUAAAGGUGUAUAAUGAAGGUGCCAGGUGAAUUUCCCUGGGGAGAGCAUUCCACAGAUGAGGAGCCACUGCAGAGAAGGCCCCGUUCUCGUGUUGCCACCCUCCGGACCUCUUGAGGAGGCGGCACAUGAAGAAGGGCCUCAGAAGAUGAUCUCAGGGUCCGGGUAGGUUCAUAUGGAAAGAGGCGGUCCUUGAGGUAUUGUGGUCCUGAGCCAUUUAAGGCUUUAUAGGUCAGCACCAGCACUAAAAAUGCAUACCCACAGACAUAGGAUGUGUGGCAAAACGUUGCAAUUUCCUCACCUCCCGCCUGAUCAACGCCCUUGCCAGUCUGCCACACCUUCCUCUUUCCCCUACAACCCAGAAUCUUGCUUUUAUUUUCCAACAUGACAGGCAACAUUCUGCGGCUCUUGAGCAUGGCCAGUCCUCAUUGGGAUGGGAGGGGAUCUUUUUGGAGGGGCGCCUAAGGGUUUGUCUGUUGUUGUUUUUUAUUAAAAAAAUACUUCUGCAAACUUGGAGUUUACCAGAACAUGCAGAUAUCUCCCUGUUAUCUCUCAGUGGCUCUAUUUCUGUCGGUACUCACCACCUGAGUUCAGUAUCACAAGAAGUAUGUGUGUGUGAAUAUACUAUAUUUGUUCUAGUUCGUCAUCACACUAUUUCCAUCGGCUGUUUCCCAAAGGUCUAAAGGCAGGAGUGGGUUAAGGAGAAGUGGGCAGGAAGGGGGGGGAAGGGGGUGCUGACGUCUGUAGCAAAUAAUUGCACGGGUUAAGGGAAGACUGGGCUGGGAGAAGGGUCUCUCGGUGUGUGGUGGUUUUAAUUCUUUGGUGAUGGUGGCAGGAGAGAAAGGAGAAGCAGGGGCAGAUGGAAUUAAUGGAGGGUAAGGGUGGCAUCUGGAGGAAUGAGGGGGAAUAUGAGAGGCAGAAAGUUGUGUGUGUGUGAGAGAGAGAGAGCUUUAGGUCCUGGUGAUCUGGGGAAGAAAGCUGAAGAGGAGGAGGAAUUGAGAAGGAGCCUGGCCCACCCAUGAGGUGAGGUGAGGCCACUGCGUCAGGCAUGAGAAACCCAUGAGGCUGUGACCCCAUUAGUGCCCCAACCACCCCACCACCUUCACCACCGGUGGAGAAGCAGCACAGGCAUUGGCAGUGGUUUCUUUCUGGAGCUCAUGAGAACUCAUCAAAAUAUUGUGAGAUCUGUGAGUUCUUGCCAGAACUUGUUGCUGCUUUGCCCAUACAGAGAGAGACACUUCUCCAUCCUUGUAAAUAUUGUCCAAUAAAUCCAUGGGUCUGCUCAAAGCUCUUCUUCUUGCCUCUUCUUACCGGCUCUGAGUUCCUUGGUCCCUCUUCUCUCUCUUCAGGGAAAAUCCUCAGAAAAUAUUUGAUCUGUUCUUUGAAGCUGCCUGUCCAACGCUUGCAGAAGAUGGUGAGUCUCAUCUAUGGUGGGAAGUGGUGCUUUUUGGGGUGGGAUGUUUGUGCAUCAGUGGGCCAGAUUUUUAGGAGGCUCCGGGUAGCCCUUGCUGGGGGAAAGUGGGCUGAGAACCAUCCCAAGUCAAAGGUGAGUCCUUUCCCUUUCUGUCUCACUGCUACUAUCUCAUCCACAUCCCAAUCACAAACCAUAGAAUUGUAGAGUUUGAAAGGACCCUGAGAAUCACCCAGUCCAACCCCUUUCAGUGCAGAAAUAUGCAGCUGCCCCCAGGGCCAGAUUUAGGUCUGAUGAGGCCCUAAGCUACUGAAGGUAAUGGGGCCCUUUAUAUGUCCAGCUGUCCUUUGUCAACAACAAAUUGUUGCUGUUUUUUGUGUUGAAUAUGUUCUAUAUGGUAAUUUAUGGACCUAAUAGGUAUCUAAAGCCAUUUGCACAUAACAAAAUAUGUAUUUUAUCAAAGUAAUUGUUGAACUGAAAUACAAUUAAGAAGUAUAUUAAUAGUGAAAUCAUUAUUAAGCUCUAACUUAAAAUGAUUUUUUUAUUCAUAACAAACUUAAUAAUGCAAACACACUGGCAUUUAGCAAUAACAAAAGUUCCUUUAGAAACACAAUUUACAAAGACUCAUAAUCUAGUCUCUAGAAACUUCUAAACCAUGAAAUAACAAUAGGUGUAAAUAUAUGAUGCAAACUACUAAUAAUUAUAAAUAGCAGAAUGUAGGCACCCUAUAUAUAGAAAUGAGCAAACCAGUGAUAUUUUAGGGAGCAGGCUAGCAGGCGGGGCCUGUGACUUACAUCAUAGGAGCCUACACAACACAAAACACUGUUGCUGUAUGUUGGUUUUAUUUGUUUUUAUCUUAUAUUUUGGAAAUGUACAUCCAGUUUUUUCCCCAUUAAAUUUUUUGGGGACCCCCAAGAGAGUGGGGCCCGAAGCUAUAGCUUGUUUAGCUUAUAUGUAAAUCUGGCACUGGCCCCAUACAGGGAUCAAACCUGCAAGCUUGGUGUUAUCAGCACCACACUCUAGACAACUGAGCUAUCCAGUGGUGCCCAUGGGGUUGUAUCAUCCCAUUCUGUCCCUGCAGCCCCAACACUGCAGGGCUGGGAGACCCUCCAGAGCAGAUUUAAGAAGAACACAGGGAGGGGGCUGCAGGUGAAUCCCUGGACAUUGCUCCCCUCCCCAUGCCACUGUCAGCUGAGUGACAUUUUUGAAACUACCCAUUACCUGUGGUGGUCAAAGGAAGUAAAAGUCAGCCACAGCAGUCAAAGCGCUUAGCUCAGCAGCUAGAGUUGGUUUGAGGUUGUCUACUUUCGGGUUGCUUACAAGGCGCUUCCUACAAACUUCUCUCAUGGUGGAAUGAAAUCCUGCACAAUGUGGAGAGAAUGGGUCAAAUAUCAUUUUUCUCCCCUCUCUCCUCACAACUCAGCACCAGUGGAUUGGUAAUAGAUGCAGAACGGAGAAAACAGAGCCUUUCUUUGCACAGCACAGCAAAUAAUUAACAAAUGGACCUCAAGGUUGCCGUAUAUUUAUUUCUACAUCACUUGACUUAUACAUCGGGGGAAGAUUACAAUACAUUAAAACAUGCAAGAUGUUAAGAUAAGAAAACAGAUUGAAUUCACACCACCAUUUCUAAGCAUCUGGGCAGGUUUGCCUAAAGAAGAAUGUUUUCAGAGGGCACUGAAAAAUAUGGCGGUAGCAAUUGGCUUAGACCGUUAUAAAAGAGUAUUAGACAAAGUCAUAGAGGGCUAGCUCUUUAAAUGGGAGUAAGCUGGGAUAGCUCAAUACAGCUUCUAUGUUCAGAUGAAGUUUAUCACUCAGAACCAGUUGCCAGGGUGGAACAAGCAAUGUGAGCUGCCCAGAAGCAUUUGGCUGGCUAAAGUUCAGAACAAGACACUAGACUAGAGGGGUCUUUAGCCAACAACUCAGUACCCCAGGAAGGUGCCACUGUUAUUUGACUCCAGCUCCAUCAUUCACGACUGUUGGCCAUCCAGCAACAGGUGGGGGACAACCAACAGCCUACCGCUGCUGUACCUGCUUGGGACGAAACUCAAGGGGCAUGUAAUUUUGGCAAUAUUAUUUAUUUAUAAUAUUUAUAUCCGCUGUACAGCCUCGAGAGGCUCUCGAAGCAGCUUACGGAAACUGCUGAAAUAGAAACACACUCAGUUCUGCUAUGACAGCCAUGGGGAGCCUUUGGCCUGCAGACCACAUUAGGCCUGGGCUGAGUCCUAAUUUGAUCCACAAGGCUGUUUCCCCCCACCUGCCAUCUUUUCCCCCCACCUGCCAUCGUAUGACAUCAGGUGUGGAGCAGGUAAAGCAACCAAGCAGAGGAGCAAUGGGCAGGUUCCCGGUUCUUCCUCUGCAAGCUCCUGCUCAGAGCUCUGGAGUGUUGCCAGAGCCUGCCAGGAGUUGCGCUUGCAUUCAAUGCCAAAUGCAUGCCCCACUUUCAGCAGGAAUUUUUGCAGCUGCAACUUAAAGCCAGGGCUUAAAAGAAAGAACCCAGAAUGCACUGAGUGUGCUCCCAAUUAUAUAUUUGAAUUUGAAUCAUACAACAUCAUAGGGCAGUGGGUGAUUGCAGUGCCGGAUUUACAUAUAAGCUAAACAAGCUAUAGCUUAGGGCCCCACUCUCUUGGGGGGCCCCAAAAAAUUUAAAGGAAAAAAAAACCUGGAUGUACAUUUCCAAAAUAUAAGAUAAAAAACAAAUAAAAUAAAACCUACAUCCAGCAACAGUGUUUUGUGUUGUGUAGGCUCCUGUGAUGUAAGUCAUGGGCCCCGCCUGCUAGCCUGCUCUCUAAAAUAUUACUGCUUUGCUCAUUUCUAUAUAUAGGGUGCCUACAUUCUGCAUGGACCGGUUGCAUGGCAACAUGUGCAAAUGGCUUUAGAUACCUAUUAGGUCCAUAAAUGACCAUAUAGCAUAUAUUCAACACAAAAACCAGUGACAAUUUGUUGUUGACAAAGGACAGCUGGACAUAUAAAGGGCCCCAUUACCUUCAGUAGUUUAGGGCCUCAUCAAACCUAAAUCCGGUCCUAGGUGAUUGGCAGGUGAGCGGCUCUAGCCACCUGUUAAAAGUGGCUCAUAGAGGAUGGGCCAGUUCUGGAACUAGCCUGGUAUAGGGACAAAAAUCACAUGGUAUCUUUAUGGAACCAGCAUUUGUUCAGGCAGCACUUCCAGUCUCGUUCUUGUUCUUCACUGAGGCCAUAAUAGGUGUUUAUUGCAGCAGACCUGGCUAUAAGCUCACCAGGAGGCACCUCUCUUUGGGGCAAUAGAGAUAUAGCUCAGAGACCAGGGGCAGCAGCAGUGGCUGCUCAGAGGACUCCUAAGGAGAGGAGAGAGGAGAGGAGGCUGGGGGAACCCUCCACAAGGGAGGGUGUCUUAAAGAGGGAGAGAGGCUGCCAGCUCUGCAGGCAAGGGGUGACAGAACUGGGCUCCUGAGCCCUACAGGGGUGCCACAGAAAGAAUGGAGUUGGUCAAGGGAGCUGUGGACUAAAAAAGCUUGGAAACUUCUGACCUAAGGGAACUGGUGUCACUAUCCACCUGCGCCUCUUCCAGUUCCAGGUGUCCCUAUUUGACAGACAUAGUGCUUAAUUUAUGUACCCCUUCCCCCUUGCUGCUGUGGUUUUCUCCAGAUGGCUUAAAAUGACUGUUGGUGUUAUGUACUGAAGUUCUCACCCGGGCCAGCAGGGGGAUACUGUAGAUAGUUAUGCAAAUAAGGGAUUGAAAGUGACGUUCAGUGAUUGGAUAGCUUUAGAAAAUUGUUACAGUUACAUUGUACUGGAGCUCUAUAUAAGCAGGCUGACUGAACCCUUCAGCUCAGUUCUGUUCUGGCCUCUGAAUAUACAAGAGCUGUUUGAAGAAUCGCUGUGUCGUCUGAUAUGUUCACCCACAACUUAACAGUUGGAUGGUUGUUAAAAAUAAGAAAGAGAGGGGAAAGGGAAGUCUCUGCUUAAGCUGUUCUGCUCAAGGAAGCCGGCAAAGGAAGAAACCCCGUCUCUGCCCAGAGGCAGCCCGAGGCAGCAUGAAACUCUUUCAUCAUGUCCCAUCCGGUUCUCUCCUUCCUGUGUGUGUGUGUGUGUGUGUGCAGGUUAGUCUGUGCAACUGAGGUGCAGGGUCUCACGCAUGCCUGGAAGCCAGGCCUCGAAUCUCAGCUGCAAUGGGGCUGCGCCUCUUCAGCGGUGAGGGAAAUGCGCACAUCUUCAGCCUGGAGGCAUUUUCUGUUGGCUGUCGCUGCUUUCUAGCACUGAAAACCAGUUUCAGAGUUAGGCACUCCUGGCUUGCAAAAGCUAAUCAAGGUAUUGGGCCUCAUGGUUCACCGUACAGAGGGUUUCUCAUUUAGGGCAUCUCUGCUCUCAGGUUUCGUCAAAUGGAUUUCUAUUACACACAAGACGGAGGGGGAACUGCACUAUUCCUAGCACGUCCACAAAUGAAAAUAGAUGUUUUUGUAACAUCCUAUUCUUACAACAAGGACUGUCUUCCUUUACUCUUUGAUAAAUCAGUUGUGCACUGGGCUUCUGGAGCAAAGAGAUGUUAGUGAACUGCAAAACAACAACACUACAAACUGGCUUAUAAGUAUAAAACCAAAUUUACUAGAAUAAUAGCUAGAAUAGAGAUAGACUUAUAACCAUUCAAACAACAAACAUAUUAAGGUGCCAUGUGCAAGGCAAAGCCUGAAGAUACUGUAAACAUGGAGUGGAUAAAUGUACAACUCUAUCUUAACAAGUUACAUGUGCAGUAAACGUUAUACAGACUGGAUAAAUGAACCAUUCAACAAGUAGCCUAAGUCCAAUCACAGAACGGCAGCCCUGUGCCGCCACAACGGCAAGGGUAGCACACUGGAGAGUAUCAAAAAGUUUUUCAAAGCUGUUAUUCAAAGAUUGAACUGGAUGAGAUAUUCUUCAGUGGGUCUUGAGUAGGAAACACAAAGCUGUAUGCAAUCAUGGAAAGGCAAAUCAAAGCCACCACCCUGGUGAGAAUAACGCAAGUGGGCAAAAGGAGACCUGUUCUCUGGAUAUAUGGUUAGUGAACUGACCAUAAAACUGCUUAAAAUAAUAUUUAAUUUUAUGACCUCUGAUUUGCAUGGGACAGGGGUGGGUUCUGGAAGAGGAUGGAGUUUGAGAUGUCUGCUUGGGCGUCUCUGGCUGGUGAGACACUGUCCCAUUUUGCUUUAUUGAGAGCCCUCCUUUUCCUGAUCCUUUUAACCAGAGAUAAUUAGGGACUGAAUCUGGGACCUUUUGCAUUGCUCUCCCCUGCAGACCCUCAGAGGGAAUUAUAUGUCCAUGGGCAUGCAUUUGCAUGUAUUAUUGUCAAGAUGCAUCCACCCAGGAGAGGGUGGGGGGAGCUGCAAACUAAACAACUUUGUGUAGGUGUGUAUGCAUAAUUGCUUUUUUUUUUUUUCAAAAAUGCAUUCUCAACAUCUCCUCUAGAGGUUGGAAGAAAUGAGACAGGAACCAUGCUUUCACGGAGACAGAAAAACGGGUCAUUUUUCUGUUAAAUAACAACAGUGGGAGCAAGUGGAAAUAUGCCCUAAGACUUGCUCAGACCACAAUGCAGUGUUUUUUGAGAUGAAAUUGUCUCUGCAGGGAUCCUACAGAUGGAGAAUGAAUGAUGAUUUGCUGAGGAAUGAGCAAAUAAUUGGUAAGGCCCAAAAGACUCUAAAAGAUUACUUUGAGAUAAAUAUGAACUUCGAGAUGGAAACAGAUUCAAUGCUCAUUCCCACUUUCGCUUGCCCCAUAUUUUGAUUGUGUACUGAUGAAUUCCUCCAGGUCUGAGAGCUUUUCUCUCUGUUCCAUGGCUGUGCCUUGCAAAAAUCAGAUCUGACCCACUGAAUCAGAUCUCAUCAGAAGUGCAGGCAAGCCAAAGAGGUAUUUUGCUUACUGCGCUUCUGAUUCAACAGGUAAAAUUGGAUUUUCCCAAGGCACAGCCAUGGAACGACGAGGAAAGCUCUUGGACUUGGGGAAAUUAAUUGGUAUCCAAUCCUAUCAAAAUAUGGGGCAAGCAAAAGUGUGACUCCUGCCUGAAAGUCUGACAACCCAAGGCUAGCCAACAGGGUGCCCUCCAAAUGCAGCUGAGCACUGGUACCCAUCAGCACCUUGGUCCCUGGUCAGGGUGAAUGAUGGGAGCUUAAAUCCAGCAACCGUUGGAAGGAACCAUGUUGGCUGCCUUUGAUACAGACAGCUCUGAGCUAGAUGGGCCCAGUGGUCUAACUCUGUAACAAUGCAGCUUCCUAUGUUCCUAAUGUUUAAGCAGUCAGCUUUAGGAGGACAACAGUGGCAAUCAUGAUUCCUGCGGCCUGUCCCAAGCAAGCUUGGCUCUCCUAUAAAUCCAUCUGAAAUGGGCUAUGUCUUUGUUCCAUAUGCUGACUUCUGCUCUCUUUCCCUGCGCAGAUCCUCAAGUGCUUAGACAGUUCCCUCCGGAGUUCGAUGACCAGGUCAGUCCCCCUUUGCACAAUUGCUGCCCAACUCCACUUUGCAUUCCAAAAUCAUUGCUAGCAUGUGCUUGUUGCAGGAAUUUAUGUAUAGGUUGGGGGGGGGGGUUGCCCCUCCAGCAGAUAUCAUGCACAUGCAGCCCACUACCAAAACCAGCACAAUCGCUUUUGUGACUUUUGUGAUUUGUCCCCACAAAACACUUCAUCACAGUUUCUUCCUAUCUAUUCAAAGGGCCUUUGCUGCACAAUACCAAAUGUAACAAUUCACUGAUAAAUGUUCCUAUGUACUGGCUCACAGGGAAAACUUCAGAAAUUCAUAUAGACAUGUGAGCUCAGCUACUCAGCAGCCCCUCUGCCUGAGUGAUAAUCCCUGGCAUCCUGAUACCUGAGUGCCAGACAGGUAGCCAUUCCAGAAAUAAGAAACCCAGAUGAAGACAAAAGGGUGUGAUUAACUUGGCUGGGAAACAGGAAAAUUGAAAGAUCUCUUUUGUUACACUUGAUGGGUGUUUGGUGGAGGGCAAGGAGAACCAUGGGGCAGGGUCCAGGAUGCUCAGAUUACUGCCACCAGACCUCCCCUUUCAUGAUGUAACCGUGAUGUAUGAGUGAUGUAGUUUGGGGGGUGUAACAUGGGGAUUAGCAGCUAAUAAAAGUUUGGGGGCUCUUUUGUUCGGGGAUUCCAUCUUGUUCCACCUUGUGGCAGGUGGGAGUCCUGUUGUGACAGUCUUCAAUAAAGACCAAGCCUACUGGCUGCUGUUUUGCUCUGGUAUUCCUGGCUGGUGUCCUUGUUUUUUGUCCAAGGGAGCCCUCAGAUUUCUCCAUUAACAUGCUCAAGAGUCACCAGCUUUUUCUUCUUCUUCUUCUGGAUUUGGGGAAACAACCCGACACACAAAAAUUAAACAGGUGAAGCUUUUCCUGGCAUGACGAUAAAAUGGGAGCAAUUAAACAGCUUAUAGAAGCUAAAGGCAUUGGAAGAUAUUAAAUAGAGGCCAUUUGCACUGCCUUGUAGGCUAGUAACUUGGCAACACAGAAGAAUUCUCAAUUUGCAGGCUACAAAGCAAGCUGGCUGCUGUGCCAGUCCUCUUGCAUGAAAUACCACUUACCCAAUGGAAUUCCUAUGGCUGCCAGGCAAGUUGUUCUAAUUCAAGGCUGCAUAAGCAACCUUUACUUAAAUGUGAAAUACUGUGCGUGUGGCAAGGAGAGAUUUUGGAGGAAAGUUGUGGAGUAUCUGGAAACAGCCCUAGGCACUUUGCCAGGCAGAUAGGUGCACACACACUCCAUAUAAGCCCAAGGGUGGGGAUUUACAGUCCAGCAACAUCUGGAGGGCGUCCUGUGGUCCAGGAUGAUGGGAGCAGCUGUCCAUCAACAUCUGGAGGGCAAUAGUUCCCCCUCACUCUUGGUUCUAAGCAGGUGGGGAAACACUGCAUGCUUUGCAAAUGAUUGGCAUUCAACUUGCAAAGGAGACCACGGCUGCAGUGCUACUUGCCUGGGACUCAGCCCCAUGGAACUGGGGUGGGCACUUCUGAGCAGACCUGCCUAGGAUUGUGCUGUAAAUUCAGAUCAUUCCGUACGUGCAGCAGGCUCCUCCUUGCCAACCGAAGGUUUUUCUCAAGGUGCCUCUAAGUUUGUCUGCCGGGUUCAGGCUGUGAUAACCGAGGAUCCUUCUCUCUUCCUGUAGGAUUCAAUCCAGAUACUGCCCAAGUUUUGCUUCCCCUUUGAUGUCGAAAGGUACGUGGUGGCCUGAAAGAAUGGGGUCUCCAUGCACUUUAUGCACCCUUGCAACUUAGGCUCGCCAGCUCUUGAAACCAGCUGUUGCAAGCGGUGCCUUUGGCAGCAAUAUGAUGCACAGAGCACCACACAACAAGAAGCAUUAUUUGCUGAUUUCUACAGAUAAAAUUGCUGUUGGUCACAACAGUACUUUUCUCCUGGUCAAUUAGCAACCCUCAUGAAGCCCCCUCUUUGUUUGUAGCUCCCUUCACCUAGCUAGGAAGAGCACCCCAGCGAUCAGGAUCAAUCCUUGUGUAACAAGUUUCCCUUGUAGAUAUGGACCUGCAGAAGUCUACCCUCGUUGGAGGGAACUUCUUGUCCUCUGCUUCACAUUGGCAAAACCAUUCUCUCCCAUUCCAACUACAGUUGUACCUUGGAAGUCAAACGGAAUCCAUUCUGGAAGUCCGUUCGACUUCCAAAACGUUCAGAAACCAAAGUGCGGCUUCUGAUUGGCUGCAGGAAGCUCCUGCAGCCAAUCGGAAGCCACGGAACCCCAUCAGACAUUUGGCUUCCAAAAGAACGUUCGGAAACCAGAACACUCACUUCUAGUUUUCGAUCGUCCGGGAGCCAGAACACUGGGACUCCCAAGGCAUUCAGGAGCUGAGGUACGACUGUAUUAUGGGGUCAGAAGUUCCCACAUACAGGUAUGUCCCUUGAUCUCCUUAUUGAACAACACAGCACCUGUUAUUUUGACUGUCAACUGCAUGUGAUGAACUACCUGCAUGGAAAGGUUUUAUGUUUGGGGGUGAUAGGAAGCCUCCAUCUGGAAAUAAGAAACAAAUUAGUAGCAUUUACACAUUGCACAAUGAUAUAAGAUGCUAUCAUGCCCCUUCCCUACUCACCUUUUUUGCUCUGCAUAAAAAUGUGCUAUAGACCUGUGCCUACCUCUUUCUUAGCCUACCAGCCUGACUAUAUGGAGAAUAUUAUCUCCUCCUGCAUUCAUAUGACAUUUAAACAAUUGCUUUGUGCAUUCAUCUCACUGGGUUUUGCCUACCAAAGCAUAUGUGCUACUGUAUUAGCAGUUUGUCGCUUUAGCCAACUUAUUGCAAUCUUUCUCCAAAACGGCACCCCCUUACCCAGUCUCCCCACUUCUUUGUUAAGGGUCAAGGAGAGCCCCACGAUCCAACAUUUCACUUUUGUACUCACCGAUAUGGACGGAAAGCAGCGCUUUGGUUUCUGCCGCUUGGCCGUGGCCUUCCGCACCUGCCUGUGUAUGCUCAGGUAGGAUGGUUUGUUCUUCCUCAGCCUCUUCUCAUGGAUGGGAAUUUUCAUGUCAUGGGGGGAAGCAUUUUCUUGGUGUGGAUUGACCCCCCCAAACUUACAAAAUGUUUUGGCCCACUGGGUGUCAGGGCUGGAGUCAGAUGCAAAUCAGCACAAAGAAGCAGAGUCCGUUGUCAGUGAAGUUAACUCUUUAUUCAAGGAAAUGGCAUACAACUCAGCAACGCUUCCCAGCAGGUCUUGCCCCUAUAGAGCAGUUGCCAGGACUGAAGGUUCCUUGCCUUCUACCCCCGUAACUCUCCUCAUCUCCUGGAUAUUUCCCAAGUGCCUGCACACUCCUGGUCUCUGUUCUGCUCUCCUCAUUAUUCUGUGCGGUCUUGGAGACCAGGGGAGAGGAGCAGGAGAGGAAGACUCCUGGGAUUCUUCAGCAGCCUCUUAAACCCCCACCUCUGCUUCAGCCCCAGAGCCUGAACUGCUCUCUGUCACAGGCUCUUCCUGCUCACUAAACCCUGCUGCCCCUUCAGCAUCCAGCCUGCCCUCCCAGUCUUCUCCCUUUGACUUCUCCUCAGUGUCCCACCACCAGUCCCCAGGCUCUGAGCCCUCCUCCCCUGGGGGUUCCCUUGGGGGUUCCCCAGCUGCCGUCUCCCACCAUUCCUCAUCAUUCAGCCAGACCCUGAUAUCUGGUGUUGCUGAACGACAACUCCCAUCAGCCCCACCCAGCGUGGCCAGUGGCCAGGGAUGAUGGGCACAGUAGUUUAACAAGAUCUGGAGGGCAGAGGUUCCGCACACCUGACUAAGCAGAAGUGCAGGCAGGUGCAAGCCUGUCGCAGAAGCCCAGUUGUCACAGAUUUACCCAUGUGCCUCUCUACUAAGUUGGCAUGGGGCCAAUUUCACUUCUCUAUGCCCUUUUAAAAUGUGGCUCUUUUGGGGGGGUGUUAUUGGGUUGUUGUUUUUAUUUUGGUCAUAUAUAUUCUGGUUUUUAUGUUGAUCUUUUCUGUGAACCGCCCUGAGACCUCCAGGUAUAGGGUGGUAUAUCAAUUCAAUAAAUAAUAAUAAAGUUCUAAUUAAGAUACCCUGGCAUGUAUACUUAGCUAAGGAAGUGCAGGUCCCAAUGGCUUUUCUGGAGGGCCAGGGAGGCCCUGCUGAACAACGUGGGAUGGGAUGCUAGGGAAGUUAAUCUAAGGAAAUUCAUGGAAGCAAAGUUCCCCAACCUUCCCCAUAGCAACCCACCACAUCCCAGCCCAUAUAAGUUAAGAGGGGGCCUGUCAACUGGUUGGAGUGGCUUCUGUAGGGGUCUCCGGCAGCUGCAGGAGUAAAAUGUAGGAGACGACGGCAAGCUUUCCACCAGUGACCAUUCCUAAGUUAACUUACCUUAAUAUUGAGACCUCUGGUCUCAGAGGAGGCAGCAGCAGAUGCUUCUCCUCUGCCUGGUGGUGACUAUCACACACACAGCCUUUCUCCAUCCCUCCUGCAUGAGAUGCUGUCAGGGAUGGGUGCUGGAACCUUAUACAGUGGUACCUCUGGAUGCGAACGGGAUCUGUUCCGGAGCCCCGUUCGCAUCCUGAGUAGAACGUAACAUGCGACUGCAUGUCUGCGUGUCUGCGCGUGCGUGGGUCGCAUUUUGCCGCUUACACGCAUGCACGUGAUGUCAUUUUGAGCGUCUGCGCAUCCGUGAGUGGUGAAACCCGGAAGUAACAUGUUCCGUUACUUCCGGGUCACCGCGAAGCGUAACCUGAAAACGCUCAACCUGAAGCAUAUUCAACCCAAAGUAUGUCUGUACAUACAAACAGUGGGGGGGUGUUGUUUUUUUGAGGCGGUAUGCGCCUCCUAUUCCCCGCUGCCACCAACCCACAGAGGUGCUAUGAUGUGACCUUUUUACGACCGCCAGGCAGCUUCCUGGAAGGUGCUUUUUGGGCGAUUGUAAAAGGGCCACGGCAAAGUGUCUCCUGGAGGCCAUGCCUGCCACCACAGUGGCAGUGGGAGCAGCAACAGGCAAAUGGGCAAGGGGUGUGGGAAUAUUGUGGGUAGCAGGAGAGGAUAUAUUGAUUAAAUAUUAUCCUUCCUAACUCACGCUAGUGAGUUUAUUCGUACAACAGAGUACAUUCCCCUCUAGGAAGCUAGUUGCAGAUUUGUUAGGAUCUCUUAAGUUCUAUUAUUCCUGGUAAGACCCCUUUGAUUCCCUCCUAAAAGAAUGAAGACUCAACAGUCUUCUUUUAAAAGUAAUAAGAAGUUUACUCACAUUCAGUUCACAGUUGGAUCCCUGAAGGCAGACUUUAGCUUAGAGUUACAGAAGAGGGCUUGAGUUCAUCCCAUAUGGGAACUCAUCCCACAUGCUGCUGACUAAGAGCCAACAGUGCAGUCCAAGAGAAGAAAAGGAAUUAAAAGAGGAAGGUGGUUGUGUGACUGGACCUUUUGUGGGGGGCUGGAAGGGUCACGCCCACCUACCUGGUCACAUGCAAAGGAAGGAUGCUCCAGACCAGGUGUAACAGGAAGUUCAACUGGCUGCACCAACAUUCCCCUGCAUGACCACUCUAGGCAAACAGGAAAUGUUGUAUUUGACUGCUUAUGUUACAUCCCACAAGGGAGAAGGGGGAUUGGGUGGGCGGGCAAGUGACCAUAGUAGUAGGAUGGUGUCAGGGUUUGUGUGAGAGAGCAAAGCAAAUGAGGGUGGGAUGGGAGGAGUUGAGGGCAUGGUGCAAACUGGUCCCUUUCCCCAUAUAAAUACAGCACUGUGUGCAAAGGAUGUGCUCUGCCUCUGAGAGACAGCCAUGUUCAGAGCAGCAUGAAGCUGCCUUAUAAGGAGUCAGUGCACCAUUGAUGCCUUUAAGCCCAGCACAGAUUCCUCUGACUAGCCGUGGCUGCCUGGGGGUCUUUGCCAGCCCUGCCAACCAGGGAGGGCAAGGACUGGACAAUGGAAGCUUCUGGCAUGAAGCACAUGCUGCCCUUUGCAGGGCCGUCUUUACCCGGGGGUGCAAGAGGUGUGCGGCACCAAGGUGCUGAACUCUGGGGGGCGCCCGCCGCCCGCCACUGAGGCCCCCUAAGUUCUUAACUAUCUACCUGUUAUGAAAUAAUAAAUAGUUUUGAUCAAGCUAGAAAAACAAAAUACAUAUAUACCUAAGUACAGCGGUACCUCGGGUUACAUACACUUCAGGUUACAGACUCCGCUAAUCCAGAAAUAGUACCUCGGGUUAAGAACUUUGCUUCAGGAUGAGAACAGAAAUUGUGCGGCAAUGGCGCAGCAGCAGCAGCGGGAGGCCCCAUUAGCUAAAGUGGUGCUUCAGGUUAAGAACAGUUUCAGGUUAAGAAUGGACCUCCGGAACGAAUUAAGUAUGUAACCUGAGGUACCACUGUAUUCACUGUAUUACCAAAAUGUAUACCUACUGUUUCACUAAAGGACUUUCGACUUUGUGCGCUCAUUUACCAAAGACACGCUGCGCCAGCAGCGGCACUUGUCAUUCACAACGACAGCGCUUGUCAUUCUCUUUUUGUUUGUUUGUUUGUUUUUGAAUAUUUUUUAUUGAUUUGAACAUAUAAAUUAUAAAAUGUACCACAAAACUUAUCACUUAUAAAAUCUUUUUAGACUUCCAUCAGCACCUCUGAUGAUCCACCGUUUUAACCACUUCUUAUGCAUUUCUUAACUUUAUAUUGCCUUUACAUCUCUUAACAAAUCAUCCUUCCCCUUCUCCAUUUUUGCAAUACUUCCAAUAAUACUCCUCACAAAACUUCUUGCAAACCUACAAACGUCGUCUGAUCUUCACAAAUACUUCUCAAAUAGUCCGUAAAUUUACUCCAGUCUUCUGUGAAUUUCUGGUCCCGCCGGUUUCGAAUCCUUCCUGUUAGUUUAUCUAGUUCUGCAUAGUUCUGUGCUUUUCAUUCUCAAUGGCACCGUGCACUCCAGAUUAACUCUUACAUCAAAUAUUAUGUUACGUAUUGCGUUGAGCUGCUAUGUGGGGUCAGUGGCACCUUUGACACGACUGAUGUUUCUCCUAAGUAGGUGCCUAAGCAAUACUUAUAAGUUUAAGUGUGGUGGUCUUAAUUUGGGGGCUAAACUAAAUUUGGGAGCACUGGUCUGAUCUUUGCACCCCGGUGACGCAUAUGCUAAAGACAGCGCUGGCCCCUUGCCUGGUCAGUUGUGCCCCUGACGCUGAUUCUCUUUGCAGCUACGUGCCCUGGUUUGAAGUUUUCUACAAGAUCUUGAACUACAUCGCAGACAACUUGGCCAAGGAGCAGGUGAGGUCAGAAAUUCUGGAUUCCUUGCAGAGCCCAGCAAGUUGCCCUGUGCUGUUCCCACCCACACCCCCAGAUUCCUAGCAUUCCCAUUUAAACACCAAUCUCUGCCUUUAUCUCCUCUCUCACUAGUUCACAGAGCUGGAUGUGUUCUUGUCUGCACUUUAUCUCCACCCUGUGCCUGACCUCAGCAGCCCCAUCAGCCUUGAAUUUGUAAGUUCUCACCUCUCUGACACAGAAGAAUCUGCUCCCAUAGAUACGCAAAAAAUCUUUAAACAGCUGAGCGUUGAGUCCUAUUGCCAUGAUUUGUUGUUUUCCUGGUAGUGCCUUUAAACAACUGUGUGGGCUUCCUGUGAGGGAUGGGGGCACUCCAAGAGUCAAAGGGGGGCAUCUUUGCAUUUUGCAGGACCCCUGGCAUGUCGCCAUCCCUGCAUCUAUACACAGGAAAGAGUUAGUGGGGAGGGUGAUAAUUAUUGGAAUCUUUGUUCCCCCACUUCAUUCCAGGGGGAAAUUUCGCCCUCUGAAGUUGGAAUUUGCAUUAGGAGGGAAUCUUCCCCACCUCCAAGAGGUGCAAAUGAAGAAUUUCCCUCAAUACAAUGCCAUGGGAGGAAAGUCUUAAAUUUUAACAACAACAACAACAACAACAACGUGUUUUUUAUACCCUGCCCAUCUGACUAGGUUGCCCCAGCCACUCUAGGCAGCUUCCAACAAAUUAUAAAACCACAGUAAAACAUCAGACAUUAAACUCUUCCUUAUACAGAGCUGCCUUCAGAUAUCUUCUGAAAGUCAGAUUGUUGUUUAUGUCCUUUACAUCUGAUGGAUGUCAAGGAAAUUUUAGGCAGUGUACAGAAUUUGUCUAUUUACAACUGUCAGUAAAAUUAGCCUGCACUUAUCCUGAUAAUUACCACACACACCUGCAGCUGAUGCUAUUUCCUUUUUAAAAAGCUCAAAACCAUCAUAGUGGGGUUUUUUUGAGGGGGAAAUUUUGAAGAGAAAAAAAAAAGCUCAACAUUUUUGGGCAAAACCUUCAUAUUUUUCAAAAAAAAAGCUUUGCCAUAAAAAGCUCAACACCUUUUGAGUUCACUGGGUCCAUCUUGUAUAGGUGAUGGAUUGGGGAUUAAAUCUGUAGAUUGAAAUUUAAACCUCCUAUGCCACAUGUAUAGGAGAAAUACAAAAAGUAACACUGUGUUACCAGAUGCAUUUUGCAAACUAUCACUCAUUCGAGCUGCAGUCUCUCCUUUCUUAGCACAGACCAGCUGUUCCAAUGUCUAUGUCAAUAUCCCUGAACUCCUCAAUUUAGUAAACUGGUAUAAAAUGUUUUCUACGAUGCCUCCAGAUUAUAUGGAAUUGGAAGUAUGUGGAGUUUAAUGAACGGAGGUGGUGUUGUUGUUUUUUAAAUAGAUGCAUUAUUGUUGAAAGACUAAAAAUGUAAACCAUUCCUCAUCCAUCUUCUUUUAAUUUGUUGUGGGGUGUAUGUGUUCCCCUUUUUAACCAUUUCUUGUUGUCUUGCAAGGAUCUAAAGAUGACCAAAUUGAAAAUUUCCACUGAGAAGGAUCCAAACAAACAAGACAAGAGACAGGAUCUGGACUAUGGGACUGCAUCAGUGAGUCAGGAGUCGGGGGCGGGGGGCUGUGUCCUUUACAGGGAAUGAAGAACCCUAAAAACGAAGAACAGAGAAGGCAACUUGAUUUUGCCCAUCAGCAGUUGGCAUCUGGAAAGCAGACUGAGAAAGACUGAGACUGGAAAGACUGAGAAGGCACACAAAUCACCUGGUCACUUUCUUGCCCUAAUGUAUUUCUAUUCAAUUUUUUUCCCCCAGAGGGGCAGCCAUGCUAGUCUAUUGCAGCAAAAACAACUGAGUCUUGCAGCAUCUUAAAGACUAACAAGUCUGAGUCCACAAAUGUUCUUCUAUAAUAAAUGUGUUAGUCUUUAAGAUGCCCCAAGACCCCUUGAUUAUUUAAAUUAUGGCAAUUUUCUAAAUUUGCACCAAGACAUCUAGUUUUGCAUAUAUGCAUCCUUUAUACAAAUCUGUCCUUUUUCUGGGGAUGCCCAAGAUCUCCUAUUGGGAGAUCAGCCAAGAAUCUAGGUGGGGCUGCCCUUGAGACUGACCCAGAAACUCCAGCAGGUGCAGAAUGCUGCAGCGAGACUCCUUAUGGGGUCCUCUCCGCGGGAUCACAUUCACCCGGUGCUAUACCAGCUGCACUGGCUCCCGGUGGAGUACAGGAUCAGGUUUAUUGUGCUGGUUUUAACCUUUAAAGCCCUAUACGGCCUAGGACCCUCAUACCUACGGGACCACCUCUUCUGGUAUGUCCCAUGGAGGAUCUUACAGUCUUCAAACAAAAACAUCUUGGAGGUCCUGGGCCACAGGGAGGUUAGACUGGCCUCAACCAGAGCCAGGGCUUUUUCGGCUGUGGCCCCGAUCUGGUGGAACGCUCUGUCACAAGAGACUAGGGCCCUGCAGGACUUGACAUCUUUCUGCAGGGCCUGCAAGACAGAGCUGUUCCACCAGGCCUUUGGCCAAGGCACUGGUCUGACCCCCUCCUUUGGUAAUCCUCACAGAACUCUAUCCCAAUGGUUGCCAUUAAUUUGAUUUUGAAUUGAUUUUAGAAUGAAUUGAUUUUAGAAUGCUGUGUUACUUUUAUUGUUGUUAGCCGCUCUGAGCCCGGCUUCGGCUGGGGAGGGCAGGAUAUAAAUUUUAACAAAAUUAUUAUUAUUAUUAUUAUUAUUAUUAUUAUUAAAUGCGUUGCUUGAUCUGGUGUAAUAUGCUGGUUGGCCAGUCAGCUACUAUCCAUAAAAAUAAGGGGUGUGUGUGAGAGAGAGAGAGACUCGGACCACUGCCACAAUUUUUGUUUCACAGAGUCUUCUUCUAGCUGGACCAGAUCAUCACCAACCUCUUUCUUCCUCUUUUCCAGGUUUAUUUCAUUGCCCCUGACCAAGGCAAACUCCCCACCAUCCCUGAAAGUGUAAGUCACAUUUGCAGCGUCUCAUGGAGCUUUGAGAGAGGUGGUUGUGGUUUGUAGGGGCAGUGUUUGCUUUCACAAUUGUGGAAAUGAUGUCUCCUUAAUCAUCAGCCUUAAUCCACCAGAGUGGCAUAAUGUAGGUCACACAAGCCUAGUUCCCUUGCUGGCGCCCAAAAUCCGCUUCAGCUCCCACAUGGUAGGGGGCGACCCCAGAAAAACCUGAUGACAUUGAGGAGGAAAAAGAAGGGAGCAGGAUGUAGAUUCUGUGUGUGGCGUGACUGCCAAUACAAUAGCUCUUGUUGCAGUGGAGUGGCAAGGAGAGAUCACCCACACUUUUGCUUUCCAUGUGCUUAGAAAGCAUGAUUCUGAGAGAUUGUCUGCUAGUGGUUUUCUCUUUGCGCCACUGGAAAGCUCACUCUUUCGCACUGAAUUGGAGCAGACGGCAAACUGCAGGAAACCCAACUGACAGUUGCUCAAAGCGGCGGGGAAAGUGGAAGUCUGGACGAGCCCUGAAUGGGCUGGGGGUAGGACAUGGUCUGGCAAUGCUAUGAAGAUUUCAAAAUAGAGAGAAGAGUGAUUCAUUGCAAAAGGGCAUUUUCUUCAAGCAGGGUUGGGGAUUGGGCAGGAGUAUAAUGUGCAAUGAAUGGCAAACAUAGUCAGGUGCAACCUAGGGGAAGGAGGGGAUUGUGAAAAGUGGGAAUAGGAGGGCAAGAUGGGGAUUUUUGCUGGAUUUUUGUGGACAGGCCGCUGCUGCUGCACUUUAAACAGCUAUAAUAAUAAUUUAAUAAUAAUUUAUUAUUUAUACCCCGCCCAUCUGGCUGGGUUUCCCCAGCCAUGCUGGGCAGCUUCCAACCGAAUAUUAAAAACAAUACAGUGUCAGACAUUAAAAGCUUCCCUAAACAGGGCCGCCUUCAGUUGUCUUUUAAAAGUAAAAUAGUUGUUUAUUGCCUUGACAUCUGCUGGGACAGGUAAGCAAUGCAAGAGCUGGACCUGUUCCUAGCACAAGAGAUGAAAGAGGAGAGAAAUGGAUUGUAUUUCAGUGGCAGAGCACAAGACCUGCAAGCAAAAGGUCCCUGGUCCAAUGCCUGCCAUCUCUAGUUUCAGAAGAUCAGGCAGCAGUUGAUGGGAGAAAGACUUCUGCUGGAGACCAACCGUCAGAGUAGGCAGUGCUGAAUUAUAUGCCAAAAGUAUGGAGAGGACCAGGUUGAGACUUUCACUCCAGUAGUCAAAAUACACCACCAUCAGGAUGCUUUUAAGCAGAGCAGUUGCUAGGCAAAAUAGAGGUGAGGCCCAUAGACAUUGGAACAGCUGGUCCACGCUAAGAAAGGAGAGACUGCAGCUCGAAUGAGUGAUAAUGUGCAAAAUGCAUUCAGAUACACAGGGUUCCUUUUUGUAUUUCUCCUACACACAGGGGAUAGGUUUAAAUUUCGAUCUACAGAUUUAAUCCCCAAUCCAUCGCCUACAAGAUGGACCCAGUGAACUCAAAAGGUGUUGAGCAUUUUAUGGCAAAGCUUUUUUUGCAAAAUAUGAAGGUUUUGCCCCAAAAUGUUGAGCUUUUUGAAAAAAUCUCCCCACUCACCCCCACAAAAAACACAUGUUGGUUCUGAGCUUUUUUUAAAGGAAAUUCGCUAAAAUCUACACUUCCGACAUUGGUUGCCAUAUGUCUGGAUUUUCCCAGACAUUAAAGCGAUUUCUGUGCUGCAACUGGGUAUUUCCUGGUGUAAUGUUGUUCCUAGAAAAAAAGACAACAGAAGAUGAACACGAAGUAAGAGAGCUGGAAGCAUUGUACUGCCAUUAGUGACACAAAGUACAAUAGAGGACAGAGAACAAUUGGGGGGGAUGCCAAAUUUGCACUGGAGAACCUAACCGGACAUUGGCUCCUUCCCACAGAGGAACCUGACAGAAUUUGUUGUGGCCGUGGAUGCAAACAACAUGUUACGCCUGUAUGCGAGCCUGCUCCAUGAGCGACGGAUCCUGCUCACCACCAGAAAACUCAGCACGGUGAGGGCAAGUGGAUGCUUGGGGGUGAGGGAGAGGAGGGUGGAAUCUAGACACAUAUAAAAAAUGCUUUCAGGAAAAACGUUUAAAAUAUAUAUUGAAUUUGCCGUUAGCUCACCAUCGCCAUCUAGUGUCACAGUUCUGGAAUGCAUUCAAAACACACUAAAAAUGUUGUGUUUGCAGCUGUAUAGCUGAGUCGCAGGUCUCAGGGAGGAGAGAGUUGCCAGGUCUCCUUUGGCUCAAGCCCCAAAUUGCAAGGAGCAGAGGUCUGGGAGUUUGGGGAGGAUUGCCUGGUAGGGAGAGGUCUAGCAGUGUUGACAUAGACAUGGACAUAGUGGAAAAUAGGCUAGCUUGACACCUACCCACCCACCCUCUGAAUCUGGAGGAGACCCCAAAACCAGGCCAAAAUCCUGGCAAUUUUCAGGAAGAGGACAAGGCUGAUCCUUCUACAGGGGCAAAAUCCACCUGUAAGGCACAGGCUGUAACUUAGAGGGUGGUUCUGGUCUUCUGAGCAGAGUCAGGCCAUCCUAAGGGAAAUCUCCUAACCCCCCCCCUCUCUCUCCCUGCAGCUCACAGCAUGUGUUCAGGCCUCCCUCUCCAUGUUGUAUCCCAUGCACUGGCAGCACAUCUACAUCCCGGUGCUGCCUUCGCACCUCCUUGACUACUGCUGGUGAGCCUUUUCAUUUCUUCUUUUUGAAGCACUGGGCAGGGCAGGGGGUAAGACUGAAAGCUGGAUGUGUGUGGUGCUGUGGUCUAAACCACUGAGCCUCUUGGGCUUGCCGAUCAGAAGGUCGGCAGUUCGAAUCCCGGCGAUGGGGUGAGCUCCCGUUGCUCUGUCUCAGCUCCUGCCUGUACAGUGCCGGAUUUACAUAUAAGCUAAACAAACUAUAGCUUAGGGCCCCACUCUCUUGGGGCACCCCAGAAAAUGUAAAGGGGAUAAAAACCUGGAUGUACAUUUCCAAAAUAUAAGAUAAAAAACAAAUAAAAUAAAACCUACAUGUAGCAACAGUGUUUUGUGUUGUGUAGGCUCCUAUGAUGUAAGUAAUGGGCCCCGCCUGCUAGCCUGCUCCCUUAAAUAUCACUGGUUUGCUCAUUUCUAUAUAUAGGGUGCCUACAUUCUGCAUGGACGGGUUGCAUGGCAACAUGUGCAAAUGGCUUUGGAUACCUAUUAGGUCCAUAAAUGACCAUAUAGCAUAUAUUCAACACACAAAAAGUGACAAUUUGUUGUUGACAAAGGACAGCUGGACAUAUAAAGGGGCCCAUUGCCUUCAGUAGCUUUAGGGCCUCAUCGAACCUCAAUCCACCCUCUUCCUGGCAUCUGACUUGAGGGGUGUUUGCUGGGGAAAUGGCCUAUAAAUAAACAGGCAGCGAUAGUGAUGUCUGCAAUGAAUCAACAGCGAGAGCAAGGCAGGCACCAGGCAUAGACCCUCAGCAGCCAGUUGCUGUUUCUUAUCCUGACAAUUUGAGUCUCUGCUGCUGUGAUUUGGGAAGCUGUCGUUCAAAUCAAGUCUCUGUUGUAGACAAAGGACAGAAAAGUGGAGCAUCGAGAGCUGAACAAUAGAAAAAGAAGUCUUUGCCUGUACUCCCACCCUGGGCUUGCCCCCCCCCCAAUGUCUGUGGCAUCCGCUGUGAGGAGGCUUGGACCCUUCCCAGGAACCUUCCCAGGGCCUAGGGGUGAUUAUAAGAGGUCCUUGUUCCUAAUUCAUUGCAAAUGAGCUGUGGACUUCAAUGCACAUUAGAAGCAGGAAUCUUUGGUGUGUUUAAAGACAUCAAUUUUGUGUGUGUGUGUGUGUGUGUGUGUGUGUGAAAUGAAAGACAAUGCGUAGAAGUAACAUUGUUUUCCCUGGAAAGCCCUUACCAAUCUGAUCUGUUUUGAGCCUGGGUGUGGCGCCUCACGGAAGGAAGGACUUUCCCCUGUUCUCAAGGGCAUGUCUCCCCGCCAGGGGCAAAGUCAGGCAGGGUUCAAUGGAGCCACCCAGGGCCGUAGCUAGGGGAUGGUGAGGAAGGCCCUCGCUAGGGGCACAGGUGAAGUGGGGGUGUGAAAAAUCAGCUAAAGGAUAUGUUCAUAACUAUGUCUAUAAAUAAAAAUAUUGAUUAUUGCCUCAUAAGAAAAGAUUUUAAAUACAGUGGUACCUUGCAAGAUGAAUGCCUCGCAAGACAAAAAACUCGCUAGACGAAAGGGUUUUUUGUUUUUUGAGCUGCUUCGCAAGACGAUUUUCGCUAUGGGCUUGCUUCGCAAGACGGAAACGUCUUGCAAGUUUGUUUUCUUUUUCUUAACACCGUUAAUACAGUUGCGACUUGACUUCGAGGAGCAACUCAUAGAACGCGGUGUGGUAGCCUUUUUUGAGGUUUUUAAAGACUUUGGUGAUUAUUGAAGCUUUUCCAAAACUUUCCCGACACCGUGCUUCGCAAGACGAAAAAAAUCGCAAGACGACAAAACUCGCGGAACGAAUUAAUUUCGUCUUGCGAGGCACCACUGUAGAGGGUCUUUAUCCGGGGUAGGGUGGGGUGGAGGAUGGAGGAGAGGCAGAAAAAAGAGCUAAUUUGUCCAUGGCUAGGGGGUUCAAUCUGGACGGUUCAGCCAGGGGCUCUGAGCCCACCUGAAUCUGGAACCAGUUCUGACUUUCUUUCCUUCCUUUCUUUCCUCGACAGUGCCCCCAUGCCCUACCUCAUAGGAAUCCACACCAGCUUCAUGGAGGUGAGCUUACCAAUCCAUUCUUCCCCUGGCCUCACAGGUCAGUUCUCACGAGCCUUCAGCUGAGUCCUGCAAUCCCUGGCCCCAGAGGCACAGAACAGCCAUGUAAUGAAGAGUAGGGGAACCCACAUGUUCCAUGAAUAGGUGCAAGAGGAUGGACGGGUGGUUGGGUGGGUGGGAAGAAGUUCUGGUCAACAUCAACGGAGCCUCGACACCCAGGGCAGCCGCCAUUUUGUGGUCACUCGUAGUGUGGGCUGUACGGUACUGUUGAGCAAAGUCUGUUUGUUCCAUACUUCAGUCUCAACUCAACAGCUGUGCCUGACAUUGCCAGUGACAUUGCCAAGGAUUCUGGGCCUAAACCUCUGGGAUUGCAGCCUUCUUCUUUGAUGGCAGUCAAUAGAUCCAUCACUCUGGACUGUUGGAAACACGCCCAGGAAGGCCGCCAUCUUCCCAAGACAUCGGGGCUUCUCUCCGGUGGUCCUCCCUGGCUGUAAAUCUCCCUCAGUCCAGAGAGACCGGUGAUAAGCGAUCCCUCUCUCCUGAGAGAAACACACUCGUCUUUUGGCAUAUCAUUGCAGAAGAAAGAAUCAAUCAAUAGCUCUAAAACUACUUUAUUUACAGUCUAUAAUACAAAGACUCCAUCAGCACUUCUGUGCUCUUUGAGCACAUCAACAAAGGGACGCGGGUGGUGCUGUGGGUUAAACCACAGAGCCUAGGGCUUGCCGAUCAGAAGGUCGGUGGUUCGAAUCCCCACGACGGGGUGAGCUCCCGUUGCUCGGUCCCUGCUCCUGCCAACCUAACAGUUUGAAAGCAUGUCAAAGUGCAAGUAGAUAAGUAGGUACCACUCCGAUGGGAAGGUAAAUGGCGUUUCUGUGUGCUGCUCUGGUUCGCCAGAAGCGGCUUUGUCAUGCUGGCCACAUGACCCGGAAGCUGUACUCCAACUCCCUUGGCCAAUAAAGCAAGAUGAGCGCUGCAACCCGAGAGUCGGUCACAACUGGACCUAAUGGUCAGGGGUACCUUUACCUUUACCUUUACCUUUACCUUUACAGAAUAGCAACACAUUCAGAAGUGAAACCAACUUCCAACAGUACUCCAACAGUACUCAGACUUCCUGUCUCAUGCUCUCUUAGACACUCACAUAAUGUAUACAAAAACAGUACAACAGUACCACUCACUGGAGCAGCUCGAAUAGAUAAAAAUCCUAACAUGCUUGUGCAGUCCAGAUGACAUGAUCCUGGGCUUAAGUUGAUGGAGGCUUGGUGUGUGGCAGGCAGGCAGGUGGUCCUGCCUUUACUGUUGGUGGGUUGAGUAUAAGCCCUUUGGCCCACCCAUCUCUUCUGUUUCUAUGAUGCUUAGAACCUAAGAAUAGCCUGCUGGAUCCGGCCAGUGGUCCAUCUAGUCCAGCAUCCUGUUCUCACAGUGGCCAACCACAUGCUUGUGGGAAACUGGCAAGCAGAACAUAAGCACCAAAACACUCUCCUCUCCCACGGUUUCCAGAAAUUGGAACUGUGGAGGCAGAGCACAGACAUCGUGCCCACUUUGUAGGAACAACUCAGUGCUGUGAGCCAGGGAUCCCUCCCCAAGAGUGGUGAGACAUCAGGUGGAGCUGGGUCACAUUUAACAUUCAUGACAGCAGUUUGUAAAGGCAGCGAACAGAGGAGCAAGCAGUGUCUCUCUUUUAGUUUCUCUCUUUUGUCUUUGAUUCCUCCAGAGAGUGAGGAGCAAGGCCCUGGAAGAUGUCGUCAUUCUCAACAUUGACAGCAACACCUUUGAAUCGCCCUUUCAGGACCUGGAAAACCUCCCAAGUGAUGUAGUUAGUAUUGAUUUCAUAAAAUGAUGAUGAUGAUGAUGAUGAUGAUGAUGAUGAUAAAUAACAACAAUAAACUAUAGUGCAGGUAGUUUUGAUGUCCUUCUGAGCACCCUGGGUCCUUUGUGGUUUGCUUCUAUUAUUCUUUUCUUCCACUAUUAGUCCCUCUUCCUCCCCACUGCUAUGAAUUAUCAUGCGGGUGGCGCUGUGGGUUAAACCACAGAGCCUAGGGCUUGCCGAUCGGAAGGUCGGCGGUUCAAAACCCCCUGAUGGGGUGAGCUCCCGUUGCUUGGUCCCAGCUCCUGCCAACCUAGCAGUUGCAAAGCACAAAGUGCAAGUAGAUAAAGUUUACCUCCGGCAGGAAGGUAAACAGCGUUUGUGUGUGCUGCUUUGGGUCGCCAGAAGCGGCUUAGUCAUGCUGGCCACAUGACCCGGAAGCUGUACGCCGGCUCCCUCAGCCAAUAAAGCGAAAUGAGCGCCGCAACCUCAGAGUCGUCUGCGACUGGACCUAACAGUCAGGGGUCCCUUUACCUUUACCUUUAUCUUCUAACAGUUAUUUUUUAUGUAUGCAAACUUUAGCUUCCAGUACUAAACUUUCACUUUAAAGCAACUGAUUCAUUGCUGCCCCCUCCUCUUUUCUGAAAAUAUAUCAGCUGAAAAUGUAUUAGCAGAACUGGAAGAUGGGUAAUGGCCCUGCAUAAACUCUUGGGCUAUUUUGUGAAAUUUGUGAAAUGUGUGAAAAUUGCCAUUUUCUGCUGUGUUCUUAUAGAGGGAGUUGAGCUUUUUGAGAGAGAGUUUAUUUUUUUGCUUAGUAUUGUUCUUUAACUCUCUAACUUCCAAAUACGAUUCAUAAAACAAUUCAGGUUUUGAGCUUUCUCAGGUACAUUCCAUACAGAUGAAGGUCAUAAACUCCUAAUGACUGCCAUGUAACUCCCAUACAGUGGCUUUUACAAAAAGUACACUUAUUAAAAUCAAUGGGCCUAACUUAAGGCUCGUCCACACUUAUGAUUGUCAUGUGCCUAGAAAACACGACUCCCCUUGCCCUGAUCCUUUCCCAGGGACUACCCGCUCUUUAGCUCUAAAUCGGAACAAGCGGCAAUCCAUGAAAAACCCAAAUUGCUGUUUGCUCUGAUUGAGUGCAAAAGAGCAGUUUUCCCUAGGGGAAGUGGCGGGACGAGAGGAAAUGUGGAUAAACCUUUAGUGAUGUUCAUAAAUGUCAGCUGGUCUAUUCUAAUACUAAAUUGAAUACCAUUGUGGGCUGGCAUUCAACAUAGUGCUACAUGGGGUAUGAACAUGGGAAAUGAGGUCUGCCUGCUCAGUGGGAAUUUCUUCCUCUCCUCUCCCCUGUAUGCCCCCUAAAGCUGUUCUGGGGGUUUCCCAACUCUCCAGAGAAGAUUUGGAGAACCCUGAAUGGACCUUGUUCUGUGCACACAACUUAUUUUAAUCCCUCCCUAAAUAAAUUGAGAGAGUGUCUGUUUUUGAACCUGCUGUUUGCAUGCAACUGAUAUCACAUCCUCCAGUGCCAUGUUAGUCAUAUUUGAAUUCCAAGAGCACUAUUUGUGUAUCUACCCUCAAAUAUUCUUUCUGCAAUGACUAAUUUGGCAUAAACAGGAAACAGAAUUUCAGCUCAUUUUAUGUGUGUGUGUGUGUGUGUGUGUGUGUGUGUGUGUGGCCUCUCCCUUCAGAUAAAUGAGAACAGAAAGCAAAAGUGCCAUUACAUAAUUCUAUGGUGUAGCCACAUGUACAGCUUUUGGGUGUUCAUCUCAUAAAAAAUAUUGUCAGGUGGGAUAAAGGAAUAGAAAAAGAAAGUAAAAUUACAUAUGUAUGGUGUACUUUCAUACGAAGAAAGACUAAAGUUUUUGUUUGCGUUUAGUUUAGGUGGGGAAUAUAUGCAAGAGGGAACAUGCCAGAAGUUUAUAAAAUUAUGAAUGGUUGGAAAGAUGAGGCAAUAUACAUUUUUCUCUCCCUUUCUUAAAUUUUGGGGUCUCCCAGUGUAGCUGAUCAGCAGAAGAGUGGUUUUAAGUUUUCAAAUUCAGCGCUGUUUUUAAUAGGGCAAAAUAUUUACAUGGAACUGGUGUGUUUUUAGUUGUGUCUCUUCUCAUUUAUGUCAUUUCCACCUUGAGAAAGGUAGAAAAUAAAACACUAUGAAAUGCUAACCAGAAAGUGACAAGCUGGCACGCAAGACUGCCAAAUAUCCCAUGACUCCAACAGUGCCACAACUUACAUUUUGUCUAUGUCGCCCAAAAUCACAGACAUAGCAUUGGCAUGGGGGAUAGGAUAUUUAUUUUUGUAUUUAUAAAAGCAUUUUUAUACCACCUUCUAUACCGUCCUAAGGGAGGCGGGUGGCACUGUGGGUUAAACCACAGAGCCUAGGACUUGCCGAUCAGAAGGUCAGCGGUUCAAAUCCCCACGACGGGGUGAGCUCCCGUUGCUCGGUCCCUGCUCCUGGCAACCUAGCAUUUCGAAAGCACAUCAAAGUGCAAGUAGAUAAAUAGGUACUGCUCCAGCGAGAAGGUAAAUGGGAUUUCCCUGUGCUGCUCUGGUUCGCCAGAAGCGGCUUAGUCAUGCUGGCCACAUGACCCCGGAAGCUCCCUCGGCCAGUAAAGCGAGAUGAGCGCCGCAACCCCAGAGUCGGCCAUGACUGGACCUAAUGGUCAGGGGUCCCUUUACCUUUACCUAUAACAGGAACAAUUGUCCAGCAUGCUGUUCUCACACUGGCCAGCCAGAGACCCACAGAAAGCCCACAAACAGGUGCUGGGGACAAAAGCACACUUCCCUUCCUGUGGUUUCUGGAAAUUGGACCAAUUAUCUGAGACAGCUUCCUAUGUCCCAGAGUUAAAUUAUUCAAUCUUAAAACCACAAAGAGCCAAGUAGCGUAACAGUGUUUUUUUACUGCCUACAGAAAAGCUAUCAAGGUUGUGGCCUACCUGACCUCCACAGACCAAUCUCCCUAGGGAGAGAAUUCUAUGACCAGGGUGCCGCCGCAGAAAAGGCCCUGCCCUGCAUUCCUUACCAAUGGAAACUCCUAUGGCAGUGAUUUUCACAUUCUCCUGAUUUUACAAUCAUCUUGACAUUUUAAAACUUGACUUCCUUCCCCCUCUUCCUGCAAUUCCUUAAAUUUAUUUUUAAUAUCUUCUGCAUAUCCGAAUUCACUUAAUUUACUCAUCUUUUUAUCUUCUUUAAAAAUAUACCCUUAUGUAACUGCAGGUUAUUACAAUAAUCCUGUUAGUGUUUUUAUCUGUUUGCAAUUUAUCUGUAAACAUCCCAUAAACCAUUUCCAUUCUUUUAUAUAUAUAAAAAAAGUUUGCUAUUUUGAUUUCUUAAUUCUUCUGGUAAGUUUUGCCAUUUCUGCAUAUUCCAUAAGUUUUUGUAUCCAUUCUUCCUUUGCUGGGACUACUUCUUCUUCUUUUUUGAAAUAUGGCAACCCUAUGGCAGUGGGACAUAUGACAGGGCCCUGGCACUUGGUUGGGGCUUCUGGGUACAAAUUGUGGUUGAGACACCCUCUUGCGAUUUGUGGGAGGACCUCCUGGUCAAAGAAGAGUUUGUAACCCUCCUCCUCUCCCCGCACAGGUCUCUCUGUUGAAGUUCCAGUUGAAGAAACAGACAGCGACUACUGGGGAUGGAGUCGCCCGAGCUUUCCUUAGGGCACAGGCACUGCUGUUUGGCAGCUACCGCGAGGCUCUCGUUUGCAACCCGGUGAGUAGCUGGGCUCCUCUUGGUUCAAAGUUUGUGCAAAGAAAUCAUGAUGAAUGCUCAGUAAACAGGCUGCCUGGAAGCAACUUCUCCUUAUCCCAUGUGAACACUUACUAUUCAUACCUAUAUUAGGGUUACCAGACAUCCCCGUUUCCCAGUGACAGUCCCCAGAUUUGUGAAUAAAUCCCCGGACAAAUUCCGGAAUUGAGAGAAGAUGGCGUCUGCCAGCAGCGAAAUGACUUUUGGAUUGAUUCAGCAUAAACACCAGCGUGUGAGGAGAUACUGCAACAACAGUGGAGAGUCAUACGCAUAAAAUCCACACAGAAACACAUCACUGCUUAUUUCAACUCGCUUGUGGAAACAACUCAGAGGCCAUGAAAGAAGGAAAGUUAACAACAUAAGAUUUAAAGGAACUAUUGGAAAGACUAUUCAAGGCAGGAGAGAUAUGAGAUGAUCAGAGCCCCACCAAACUUGAAGCAUGGGAAGUCCCCCCAAAAAUUUAUAAUUUAGGCAGAAUAUUUGGACUACAGUGGUACCUCAGGUUAAGUACUUAAUUCGUUCCGCAGGUCCGUACUUAACCUGAAACUGUUCUUAACCUGAAGCACCAAUUUAGCUAAUGGGGCCUCCUGCUGCUGCCACACCGCUGGAGCAUGAUUUCUGUUCUCAACCUGAAGCAAAGUUCUUAACCUGAAGCAUAACCCGAGGUACCACUGUAUUUGAUAUAUAUUUGAAUAAUUUGGAACAUUCAAUGUGAUUUGAUUGGAUUGUUAAAAUGGGAAACUUAAUAAAAAUGAUUUAAAAAAUAAAAUAAAUCCCCGGACAAAUUCCAUCUCCGGAAUGUCCCCAGAUUUUAUCUAAUGUCCCUGGGAAAAGCAGCGUCGGCAGUCUCAGCAGACCGGAGCAGUUGGCUCUGGCUGGCUUCAGGAGCUGCUCACAAGUCCCCAUAUGAUGGUGAUGCAGGGGCUCCAAGAUGCUGCUUCCGGGCUGCCUCCACUUUCCCUGACCUCAGCAACUAAGCUGUGAAAGGAGGCUUCAUGCUGCCUAUCGGAGCAGCCUCCCAACUCCUACUUGUGUGCAAGCAGGAGCGGGGCGGGGAUCUCUCAGCUGUGAAGGGAGGCUUCACAGGACAGGGCAGGGAUCUCUCAGUUAGGCAACGGGAGGCCUCCCUUCCCAGCUGCGGGAUCCCCGCCCCCUCCUGCUUGCAUGCAAGUAGGAAUGGGAUUGGGGCUGCUCCGAUGGGAAGGGAGGCAUCACGCUGCCCGAGCCUCGCCGCUACUGCCACUCUCGGCCCUCCUUGCCUGACCCACAGCACACCGCUUCCCCACCACCACCACCGAAGAACCAACAACUCAGGGGCUGCCCAGGCUCAUGGAGAAAGGAGAUAGAAGCCUUGGAGGAAGGGGAAACGUGGCGGUUGAGGUCAAGGUGGCGGCUGCCCCUCUGCCACCACCGUAGCUGCAGCAUCAAUGACUCGAACGUGUAGUAAUUAAUUAAUUAAUGUGUCCCCAGAUUCAUUGAAAAAAAUCUGGUAACCUUAACCUAUAUUGCUUGCAAGGGUCUCUCUCUCCCACCCUCCAGCCACACUGACUAUUACCUCCCAACUUUUCUCUCUUCUCUCUGCAGGGAGAGCCCAUCUCCUUCUGCAAAGACACCUUCUUGCAACAAGGCUCCAGUGCCAUGCAGGCUUUCCUCCAGCGGGCCGUGCACCUGCAGCUCUUCAAGCAGGUAUGGACUGAUGGAGAAACCCAAGCAGGUCUUCCAAACAAGAUGAUUUCCCACAAUUUAAGCACCGCUAUCAAAUCGACAGGCAAAAGGCAUUUGACUGUUCUCCUCUUCCUUUGUGUGUACCGGUUGCUGACACUGUGCGUGCUUCCUUCUCCCAUGGAAGAUGACUUCUUCCUGCAUAUUUUCUAAUGACUUCCUUUGUUUCUCUCCCCAACGCUGCACCCAACCUCAACUCCACCAGUUCGUAGAUGACCGCCUAGAGAAGCUGAAUGCAGGAGAGGACUUCUCUGACCUCUUUGAGCAGGAGAUCAACAGAAGCCUGUCCCCAGGUAGGGCAGAAUCUCCCUUGUUUUUGCUGUUCGGCUGAUAACAUGGAAAUGGAUCCACCAACGAUCCACCAAGCCACAGCCCUAGGUCGUAUGGCCUCCUCAACACCCCUCCCUUUGUGGGGUGAAGGUGAAGCUUUGACAACAACAAAGUCUCAGCAAGAAUUUUUUUUUUAAUGAUAUUUAUUAAAAGUUUAAAAAUUACAGAAAAAAGAAAAAAAGAAAACAGCAAAAAAUUUGACAAAACAUGCAUUACAAUACAUAAAAAGAAAAGCAUAAAAAACAAUACGAUACAGCAAAAAAAGGAAAAAAAACAAUAACAUUAAAACACACAUCCAAUGUUCCAUAUCUUUAUCUUUCAUUUACUUGUUUCAUCGACCUCCUCACACCUCCCUUUUUGUAUUCUAAUUUAAUUAAUUGUUUCAGCAAAUUCUUUCCAUCUUUCUCAAUUUUUUUAUAUAAUUUAUCUUAACAAUCUAACCUUUUAAUUAACUCAACAAAUCCUUUCCAUCUUUCACUAUAUUCUGUCAUUCAAUUUACCUUAAUUUAUUUAACCUUAUCUUACCAUAAAAAAGAAAACCUUAAACCUUAAAACUUAAUACUUAUUUGUACAUAACUCCUUACAUCAUUUCUACUAAAGCCAAAUAGUUUCAUUCCAACAAUUUUCCUAAUACUCGCCAAUUUUACACUAAUUCUCAAAAUAAUUUUUAAAAAAAACUUUCUUCCAAUCUUCAUCCAACGUCUCUUCUUCCUGUUCUCGGGUUUUGUCAGUCCUUCUUGUCCAUUCCAUCUAGUCCAUCAACCUGGUGAUCUUAUGUCCGAGGCUCUUAAGUCUUUUCCAUGUCCCUUCUGCAGAUCUUCUUCUUGUUUAUACCUGCACUUUACUUUGUCUUUUGUUGAUCUUUUUCUUAAUUUCUUUCCUUUCUCAUUGGGGGGUAGGUCUCGGGAGGACUCCAAUCCAAAAAUAUCUCCAUCUCCAUCUCCCCUCAGCAGAUCAGCCCAUUCCCCACAGUCCCAUUCCCCACAGUCAACACUGUAAUCCAGAAAGUAUUUAAAAGCAUGUUUCAAAGUCCUUCCAAAAUUAAGAGCCCUCACAACUCCAGACCCCCCCUGGUCCACUCCAGAUUCAAACUUCAAGAACAGCAGCUUAUGCUCCUGCAAGGCCUCGGAUCUCUCCAUUUGUGUUACUUGAGGUUCAACAGCAAUCUCCUCCAUUAUCUUCUGCACAUGCGCUUGCCCUGUCAAAACAAGUUCCUGGGCUGGUUCCUGAAUGGUUUCUAUAUGGGUAUUCGCCGUUUGUCCAAAGCUUUUAACUGCAACAGUCAUCAAAUCCAUCUUCUCAUGCAUCUGCUCCAGCAAAGCGCUUGUCUUGCAAAAAGCAAGCACCAAAACUUCUUCUAAACACAUUUUUAUUCAAGGUCACAGUCUGGUCUCACGAUCCUAAUCUUACAGCUGUGAAAUCCCCAGAUCAACUCCGGCAACAAAUUAACAAACUCCCUCUAGAGGAGACAAUUUCUAUUUGUAUCCAUCUUUUGAAAGCAGGACCAACAAAAGAAAAUUACUUUCAUUUUUCAAAUAUUUUGUUUCUUUUGAAUGCAAGAAGCAACAUUGGAGUCAAUUUGUUUCUCUUUUUUUACAAUCUGUCAAAAGACGUUCCAUUCACAGUCGAUGAACUUCCCCAUAAAUUUCUGUCUCUGACACCCCGUUCCCAGGUUUGAGACGGUGGAAAUUUAUCUUUCUUUACUCUCUCUCCUGCAGGCUUAAACAGUCAAAAAUUCCCCCCCUUUUCUCCUGCUUCCAAGAGGGAUUUUGGUGGUAAUAACUGAAGGAAAUUUAGACCUUUAUAUACGACUUUCCAGACUUUAGCUUACAAAGUUUUUGCUUCAAUUUAUUUACAAAAACGGGAGGCGGACUUCCUGUUUAGAGCCUUCCCGCUUCAGUGCCAAAUUAAAAUGUUUCUUAAUCCAAUUUUCCGUUCUACUCACGGGUACUUGUUUAGAGUCCAAUUGUCCACAGGAACAAGUCAGCACUCUAACGGCUGUGCGGCUUCACUCCGUAAAAGUAGCGGUUGAUUCAAAACACCGCGCCACUCACCCCACGUCGCUUCGGAUCCCCGAAAAAGGGUUUCCCUGCGAGUAGGGGAGGCGCUCCUGGUGUCAGCCGAAUCCCACGUUCCCAGGCUUCCUCUGCCUGGGAGUUUUAGAGGGUCUCCGCCUUCGCCGCGGCAGCAAGACCCGAUUUUCACGGAGCGGGUUCCUCUCGGUCAGAGGAACUCCGUCAUUGCCGAUGGCUCUAACCCGGAAGUCUCCAAAGUCUCAGCAAGAAUUUACUGGGAGACUCCUGAGAUUGUAGGAUGCUUCCACAUUAGUAACCAGUUACUCCGACAUAGAGUAGACUGAUAGAAAGCAAUGGACAUGACUCACUUAGGUCCAUUAAUUGUGGGUCUCCCAUGAGUGUAACUUGAUUGGAUACAGCCUUAGGGAAGGUGUGGUUAGCAACACUUUCCAAUGAUAUACCGUAUUUUUCGCUCUAUAGGACACACCGGACCAUAGGAGGGGGAGAACAGGGGGGGUGUCUUGUUCUCCCCCUCUAAAACAAGGUGUGUUCUGUGCGUUCAAGGUGCGUUCACCCAAAGCCUCCAGAGCCCAGCAGGAGUUCAAGCUGGGCUCCGGAGGCUUUGAGUUCCUUUCAACCUGUUCUUUGGGGCUGGCGGGGGGAAGCGCUGCUUUUCCCCACCGCCAGCCCCAAAGACCAGGUCGGGGAGCAGCGCAAAGGCGGCACACCGCCUUCCCACUGCCCCCCAAGCUUGUGGGGCUGGCGGUGGGGGGAAGCGCUGCUUUUCCCAACCGGCAGCCUCAAAGACCAAGUCGGGGAGCAGCGCAAAGGCGGCACACCGCCUUCCCGCUGCAGCCUCGGAGCCAUCCGCAGCUAGCACAGUCGAGACGUGCUCCGCAGCGCUUCCCCCACCGUUCUGCUGGACAGCCUUCACAGCCUCCGCAGGGCAGUGGGGUGAAGGCAACACUUCAUCGCAGCGCUCCAUCUCCCUGUUCUGGCUUUGGGCUUAGCCGCGCAGUCUGCAUUCACUCUAUAGGACGCACACACAUUUCCCCUUAAUUUUUGGAGGGGAAAAAGUGCGACCUAUAGAGCGAAAAAUACGGUAUAAACUCUGGAACUCCCUGCCUAUUGAUAUCAAGCAGGCACCUUUACGGUAUUCCUUUUGGUGCCUGCUGAAUACAUUCUUAUUCAAUAAUAAUAAUAAAAUUAUUAUUUAUACUGUGCCCAUCUGGCUGGGUUGCCCCAGACAAGCCUACACAGAUGUUUGGAAAAUAUAUAGGAGUUAUAAUUUGCUUCAGUCUUAUUUUAUUGUGAUUUUAAGGAAGGGUUGCCCUAGGUCCAGAAUUUCCUGGACAUAGUUGGAAAAAUGUCGCUUAAAUGUCCAUGAAAAUCUGUAUGGCAACACAUGUUGGCAGUGUCGCUUUUGGCAAUUUCCCUUAAAAAUUGCUCAAAACCUAAGGAAAGCUCAACAACUUGGCCCCACCCUCCAAAAAAAGCUCAACAAUUUUCCAAAGAAAGCUGAACAACUUUUUGAAAUAUGGCAACCCUAUUUUUAAUCUUCUGUAUGUUUUAAAUUACGGUCGUACAUUUUAGUGAUAAGUAUAUUGUUUUAUCUUUUUUUUGGGAAACUGCUUUGAGGUCCCCCCCCCCCCUUCAAGCGGCAUAGAAUUUCAAUAAAAUAAGUAAGUGGAUAAGUUUGUGGGAAUCCCAUGCCGUUUCCCCACCAGCACCCACCCACACAUUUCCCCCUACAUUUAGGAGCCUUUUUUGUGUAGGGAAUGUGUUCAGAGCUGCCUUCUGCGUCCAGUUCUUCACAGGAUGUGGGUCCUUUGUACACUGGUUGGCAGAUAUAAGGAGUUACUCUGAAUAUACAGUUCAAAUCUCUGUGAAGGCAAAGUCAAGGCCCUCAGGGACACUCACCUGUACUCUCUUCUCUCCCCAGGUAGCAUGCAUUCCUAUCAGCUUUGGGUGGAGAACCUAAAGGUAAAUGAAUGAAACUCCAUCCAUCUUCUUUUACCUUGUGAUCUCGUUUCCUCACAGCUACCUGUUUUGUUUGCGCUGAGGUCUUUUCUAGGCUGUCUUUUAGGGCCAAGCCCCCAGAAAGCAGCUUACAUAAUAUAAGCGUGAAAUUAUAAAAUUAGGACGUUUGAUUAAAAAUGCAUCCACCAUAAUUGUAAACAAUGUGGUCACGGAAGAAAUAUCUAUAGAAAAGGUACACGACAGGGGUGCCCAAUAUCCCCUUUACUUUUUAUAUUAGUCCUGGAGGUUUUGUUAAACAUGAUUAGAGGAGACCAGUUGGUUAAAGGAGUACAAGUCGGAGCUAGACAUUACAAGCUAAGGGCAUUUGCAGAUGACCUAGUAUUGACCUUGCAACAGCCAGAUACUAGUACUAAAAGAGUAUUAGAACUAAUUGAGAUAUUUGGUCAAGUAGCAGGAUUUAAACUGAACAAGCAGAAAACGAAAGUGUUGGACAAAAAUUUAACAUUGGCUGAAAAAGAGAAGUUUCAGAAUGAAACAGGUUUAGUGAUAACGAAAAAAGUAAAGUAUCUGGGGGUAAACUUAACAUCUAAGAAUGUCAAUUUAUUUAAGGACAAUUAUGACAAAUGUUGGACAGAGGUAAAGAAAGAUCUAGAAAUAUGGUCAAGGUUGAAACUCUCUUUGUUAGGUCGAAUUGCUGUUAUCAAGAUGAAUGUAUUGCCUAGAAUGUUGUUUUUAUUCCAGACAUUGCAGAUUUUGGACAAGAUGGACUGUUUCAAGAAGUGGCAGAAAGAUAUAUCUAAAUUUGUCUGGCAGGGCAAAAGCCCAGAAUAAAAUUUAAGAUUCUAACUGAUGCAAAAGAUAGAGGGGGUUUGCCCUGCCGGACUUAAGACUCUACUAUGAAUCGGCGGCUUUCUGCUGGUUGAAACAUUGGCUACUUCUUGAGAAUACAGACAUUUUGGAUCUAGAAGGGUUUGACAAUAGAUUUGGCUGGCAUGCAUAUAUAUGGUAUGAUAAGGUAAAACUGCAUAAAGGUUUCAAAAACCAUAUUGUUAGGAAAGCAUUAUAUAAUGUUUGGAUGCGGUAUAAAGAUUUACUGGAAAGUAAAACUCCCAGGUGGUUGUCACCAAUGGAAGCUAAAGAGGUGAAAAAACUUAAUAUGGAGUCUAAAUGGCCAAAAUAUUGUGAAAUUUUAGAACAAGAUGGGGAAAAGUUAAAUUACAGAGUUAUGAGAAAUUAAAGUCCAAAGUGCGAGAUUGGUUGCACUACCUUCAGAUAAACGAGACAUUUAAACAGGACAGGAAAAUAGGUUUCCAGAUGGAGAGGUCAAAAUUAGAAACAGAACUGUUAGAACCCAAUACUAAGAAUCUGUCGAGAAUGUAUAAUCUGCUGUUGAAAUGGAACACACAGGAUGAAACGGUGAAAUCAGCUAUGAUAAAAUGGGCACAAGACAUUGGUUAUAACAUUAUGUUUGCUGACUGGGAACAGCUCUGGACCACCGGUACUAAAUUUACGGCAUGUAAUGCCUUAAGAGAAAACAUUAUGAAAAUGAUGUACAGGUGGUACAUGACCCCAGUCAAGCUUGCAAAAAUUUAUCAUCUGCCCAAUAACAAAUGUUGGAAAUGUAAUGAGACUGAAGGUACUUUUUAUCACCUUUGGUGGACCUGCCCGAGGAUAAAAGCUUUUUGGGAAAUGAUCUAUUGCAUCCACCAUAAAGUAUCGUGAAAGACUAAAGGUAAAGGUAAAGGGACCCCUGACCAUUAAGUCCAGUCCUGGCCAACUCUGGGGUUGCAGCGCUCAUCUCGCUUUAUUGGCCGAGGGAGCCGGCGUACAGCUUCCUGGUCAUGUGGCCAGAAUGACCAAGCCGCUUCUGGCAAAACAGAGCAGAGCAUGGAAAUGCUGUUUCCCUUUCCGCCACAGCGGUACCUAUUUAUCUACUUGCACUUUGAUGUGCUUUCGAACUGCUAGGUUGGCAGGAGCUGGGACAGCAACGGGAGCUCACCCCGUCGCGGGGAUUCGAACCACUGACUUUCUGAUCGGCAAGUCCUAGGCUCUGUGGUUUAACCCACAGCACCACCCACGUCCCUCAUGAAAGACUACACUAGGAAUAAAUAAAGAUAGAAUAGCAGUGGAACCAAAACAGUGAUAAAUAACAUUCAUCUCAGGAUAAUACCAUACAAACAUGUAAAGCUCUUCAGCACCUUUUAUUCUCAUCUUUUUAAAAAAUGUGACUUGACUUCAGGGAGGUUUGGUUUUGUAUUUUUAUCUUUAGAGAGGCUACAAAUAAAUUUUGCUGUGAUUAUUAACAGUAUGGCCAUAAACAUGCUUGUGCUGUUGAGGAAGAAAACCUAAGAAAGGGGUUUGCCCAAGGCCGCUUGUGGCAGAUGUGGGACUUGAACCCUUGACUUCCAGAUCCAAGCCCAACUCUAGAUGUCUGGGUCUCUUGACCUUGCAAUGAGUAGGUAAAAAAAAAGGUAAAUGACCCCUGGACGGUUAAGUCCAGUCAAAGGCAACUAUGAGGUUGUGGUGCUCAUCUCGCUUUCAGGCCAAGAGAGCCAGCGUUUGUCCACAGACAGCUUUCUGGGUCAUGUGGUCAGCAUGGCUAAACCGCUUCUGGCGCAAUGGGACACCGUGACGUAAACCAGAGCUCAUGGAAAUGCCAUUUACUUUUUUAAAAAAAUAAUAUUUAUUAUUUUUCCAAAAACUUAAACACUAAAAAGACAAUACAAUACAAUACAUUAAAUUAACAAAACAAAACAAAAACAAUAAAAUAAAUCAAACAAUUUCAUUAUCCCAUCUUUCAUUCACUUAUUUCCACGACCUCCUCACACCUCCCUUUUUGUAUUCCACUUCUGUUAAUUAUUUCAGCAAUUCCUUUCCAUCUUCCUCUGUUUUCUAUCCUAUAAUUAUCUUAACUCAUUCUAACCUUAUUUUUUCCUUUAAUGCUCUAUUAAUCUAUCUGUACUUGAUUCUUAUAACAUUUCUACUAAAGCCAUAUAACUUCAUUCCAACAUUUUUCUAACAUUCAUUAAUUUUACAGUAUUUCUGUAAAUAGUCUUUAAAUUUUUUCCAAUCUUCUUCCACCGACUCUUCUCCCUGGUCUCGGAUUCUGCCAGUCAUUUCCGCCAGUUCCAUAUAGUCCAUCAACUUCAUCUGCCAUUCUUCCCGGGUGGGUAAAUCUUGUGUCUUCCAAUAUUUUGCGAUGAGUAUCCUUGCUGCUGUUGUUGCAUACAUAAAGAAAGUUCUGUCCUUCUUUGACACCAAUUGGCCAACCAUGCCCAGGAGAAAAGCCUCUGGUUUCUUCAAAAAGGUAUAUUUAAAUACCUUUUUCAUUUGAUUAUAAAUCAUCUCCCAGAAUGUCUUAAUCCUUGGGCAUGUCCACCAAAGGUGAAAGAAUGUGCCUUCAGUCUCGUUACAUUUCCAACAUUUAUUUUCGGGCAAAUGGUAAAUUUUUGCAAGCUUGACUGGUGUCAUGUACCACCUAUAAAUCAUUUUCAUUAAGUUUUCUCUUAGGGCAUUACAUGCCGUAAAUUUCAUACCUGUGGUCCAUAACUGUUCCCAGUCAGCCAUCAUUAUGUUAUGUCCAACAUCUUGUGCCCAUUUUAUCAUAGCUGAUUUCACCGUUUCAUCCUGAGUGUUCCAUUUCAACAGCAAGUUAUACAUUUUUGACAAAUUCUUAAUUUUUGAAUCUAACAAUUCUGUUUCCAAUUUUGAUUUUUCCACCUAGAAGCCAACUUUUUUGUCCAAAUUGUAUGCCUCCAUUAUUUGAUAAUAAUGGAGCCAAUCUCGCACUCUAUUUUUCAAUUUUUCAAAGCUCUGCAAUUUUAAUCUAUCUCCAUCUUGUUCCAAAAUUUCCCAAUAUUUCGGCCAUCUGGCCUCCAUAUUGAUUUUUUUCUGUGCCUCCGCUUCCAUUGGUGACAACCAUCUUGGGGUUUUCUUUUCUAAGAAAUCUUUAUAUCUUAUCCAAACAUUAAACAAUGCUUUUCUAACAAUAUGAUUUUUAAACGCUUUAUGUGCUUUUACCUUAUCGUACCACAAAUAUGCAUGCCAACCAAAUACAUUAUUGAAACCUUCUAAAUCCAACACGUCAGUGUUUUCAAGAAGCAGCCAUUCUCUUAGCCAGCAAAAAGCCGCUGAUUCAUAAUAAAGUUUAAAGUCUGGCAGGGCAAAUCCACCUCUUUCUUUAGCAUCAGUUAAUAUCUUAAAUUUUAUUCGAGGCUUCUUGCCCUGCCAAACAAAUCUGGAAAUAUCUUUCUGCCACUUCUUGAAACAAUCCAUCUUAUCCGAAAUUUGUUAUGUUUGAAACAAAAACAACAUCCUUGGCAGCACAUUCAUUUUUAUCACAGCAAUUCGGCCUAACAGUGAUAACUUCAAAUUUGACCAUAUUUCUAAAUCCUUUUUCACUUCAAUCCAACAUUUUUCAUAAUUAUCCUUAAAUAGAUUCACAUUUUUAGCAGUCAUGUUAACCCCUAAAUAUUUCACUUUCUUAACCAGUGUUAGUCCUGUCUCUUCCUGAAACUUCUCUCUCUCAUUCACAGUUAAUUUUUUCUCUAAGACCUUAGUUUUUGUCUUAUUCAGCUUGAAACCUGCUACUUGUCCAAAUUCUUGAAUCCGUUCCAAUACCCUUUUUGUACUGGAUUCUGGCUCCUGUAAGGUCAAUACCUUCCCACUGCAGUGGUACCUAUUUAUCUACUUGCACUGGUGUGCUUUCAAACUGCUAGGUUGGCAGAAGCUGGAAAAGCAGAAUGGGAGCUCACCCAGUUGUGGGGAUUUGAACCACCGACCUUCUGAUCAGAAAGCCCAAGAGGCUCAGUGGUUUAGACCACAGCGCCACCUGCGUCCCAUGCAAUGAAUAGAAUUCACCCAGCCAUGAGCCACCAUUAAGUGUAGCAGAGUGGGAGAGGUCAGGAUCUGACCAUUGCACGGGAGAGGGGGCUGGCCACAGGAAUCACAGUUGGAGCAGGGUCUGGAGCCGAGAAAGCAGUGGUGUGAUUCUGCCAAUCCACCAGGCAGGGCAGGAUGAACACAGGCCUCCAGGAUUCUCCAAGCUCUGUGUUUUUGUCCUUGAUGUGGGCUGGUGAAAUAUAAUAGCUAAGGGUCAGAGCAUGAAUUUCUCUCUCAACAUCAGCACGCAUCUGCAGUAUGGAGGUAAUAGUGGUGACCUACUUUGCAAGAUUAUUGCUUUUUUUUUGUUUCUUUUUGGUUGGCCAGGAAUUAAAUCAAGCUCCCUUGCUAGCAUCCUUGCCCACUAGUGCUUUUUGAGUGUGUUGUUCCUAAUAGAUGUGUGCCUAAGCUUCAUCUCUCUCUCUCUCUCCUUAGAAAGGUGGAGGAGCCCUGAUAAGUACCGUGAAAAACAAGGCCAAUCCAGCCGUCAGGAAUGCAUAUCAAUAUGUAAGGCAUUUUUUUUUUCAUAGAAUCACAUACUUGUAGAGUUUGAAAAGACCCUAUGGGUCAUCUGGUUCUUGCAAUGCAGGAAUCUCAACUCAAGCAUCCAUGACAGAGGGCCAUCCAAUGUCUGCUUAAAAAUCUCCAAGGAAGGAAAGGUACACAACCUCUCGAGGGCGUCCGUUCCACUGCUGAACAGCUCUUACUGCUAGAAAGUCUUUCCUAAUACGGUAUUUAGUCAGAAUCUCCUUUCUUGUAACUUGAAGCCACUGGUUCGGGUCCUAGCCUCCAGACCUCCAGAGCAAGAGAAAACAAGCUUGCUCCAUCCUCCAUGUGUUAACAGAGAAAUCUGAGGGUUCCCGUGGACAAAAAACAAGGACACCAGCCAGGAAUACCAGAGCAAAACAGCAGCCAGUAGGCUUGGUCUUUAUUGAAGACUGUCGCAACAGGACUCCCACCUGCCACAAGGUGGAACAAGAUGGAAGCCCCGAACAAAAGAGCCCUCAAACUUUUAUUAGCUGCUAAUCCCCACGUUAAGGGACGCGGGUGGUGCUGUGGGUUAAACCACAGAGCCUAGGACUUGCCGAUCAGAAGGUCGGUGGUUCGAAUCCCCACGACGGGGUGAGCUCCCGUUGCUUGGUCCCAGCUCCUGCCAACCUAGCAGUUCGAAAGCACGUCAAAGUGCAAGUAGAUAAAUAGGUACCGCUCUGGCGGGAAGGUAAACGGUGUUUCUGUGUGCUGCUCUGGUUCGCCAGAAGCAGCUUAGUCAUGCUGGCCACAUGACCUGGAACCUGUACGCCGGCUCCCUCGGCCAAUAAAGCGAGAUGAGCGCCACAACCCCAGAGUCGGCCACGACUGGACCUAAUGGUCAGGGGUCCCUUUACCUUUACCUUUAAUCCCCAUGUUACACCCCCCCCCCCCCAAACUACAUCACUCAUCAUGGUUACAUCAUGAAAGGAGAGGUCUGGUGGCAGUAAUCUGAUCAUCCUGGACCCUACCCCAUGGUUCCCCUUGCCCUCCACCAAACACCUGUCAAGUGGAACAAAAGAGAUCUUUCCAUUUCCCUGUUUCCCAGCCAAGUUAAUCACACCCUUUUGUCUUCAUCUGGGUUUGUUAUUUCUGGAAUGGCUACCUGUCUGGCACUCAGGUAUCAGGAUGCCAGGGAUUAUCACUCAGGCAGAGGGGCUGCUGAGUAGCUGAGCUCACAUGUCUAUAUGAAUUUCUGAAGUUUUCCCAGUGAGCCAGUACAUAGAUACAUUUAUCAGUGAAUUGUUACAUUUGGUAUUGUGCAGCAGAGGCCCUUUGAAUAGAUAGGAAGAAACUGUGAUGAAGUGUUUUGUGGGGACAAAUCACAAGUCACAAAAGUGAUUGUGCUGAUUUUGGUAGUGGGCUGCAUGUGCAUGAUAUCUGCUGGAGAGGCAACCCCCAACCAACCUAUACAUAAAUUCCUGCAACACAUGUGACAGCCCGUUAGAUAUUUGAAGAUGGCUAUCAUAUCCCCUCUUUUCCAGGGUAAACAUCCCCAACUCCCUCAACUGUUCCUCAUAAGGCUUAGUUUCCAGACCCUUGAUCAUCUUGGUUGCCCUCCUCAGCACACGUUCCAGGUUGUCAAUAUCCUUCGUAAAUUGUGGCACCUAGAACGGGACACAAGACUCCAGGUGUUGUCUGACCAAGGCAGAGUAGAGUGAUACUAUUACUUCCCUUGAUCUGGACGCUAGACUUCUGUUGAUGCAGCCUAGAACAGCAUUAGCUUUCUUUUGCUACUGCAUCACACUGUUGACUCAUGUUAAAGCUUGUGGUCCACUAAGACCCCAGAUUUCUCACAUGCACUGCUAAUAAUCCAGGUUCCCUAUCUUAUAUUUGUGCAUCUGGUUCUUCCUCAGUGUAGAACCUUAUGAACCCUAUUGAAUUUCAUUCUGUUUGUUUGGUCCCAGUUCUCCAGUCUGUUAAGGUUGUUUUAAUCCUGAUUGUGUCUUCUGCAGCAUUAGCUACCCAGUUGGUGUCACCUGCAAAUUUGAUGAGCACCCCCUCAGUUCCCAGCAAUCCUUAACAAACUACGUUGCCCAGAAUUCUUUCAGGGGGGAAAUGUACCGGUACUUUGAAUGUGCUUUUAAGUACAGCCGUACCUUGGAAGUUGAACGGAAUCCGUUCUGGAAGUCCGUUCAACUUCCAAAAUGUUCGGAAACCAAAGUGCAGCUUCUGAUUGGCUGCAGGAAGCUCCUGCAGCCAAUCAGAAGCCUCUGUCGGACGUUUGGCUUCCAAAAAUAGUUCGCAAACCGGAACAGUCACUUCUGGGUUUGCGGCGUUUGGGAGCCAAAACGUUCGAGAACUAAGCUGUUCAAAAACCAAGGUAUGACUGUAGUUGCAAUGAGGGUUUUGCAAAUUCCAACUACUUGGAUGCAAUGCUGAAGACUGCACAAAAUGGCUCUUUUUUUUACACCCUAAACCUAAAGCCCACCCCGUGUGUGUGCAGCCUUGAGAAGCUACACAUUUCAAUCGACUGAUCUAUUUUUUCUUUGUCCUUGAAAUUCUGGGAAGUAUUGAACUAAGUUCUACUCAGAGUAGAACCUUGCGUUAGUUGUGUAGUAUAUUAUUGUCAAUGGGCAGGGACAGUAGGCGAAACAGGAAGGUGCAGCUGCCCCCUAACACUGCCCCUGCGCUGGAGUCCUCCUUUCCAGGGUCAUCUGAAUAUCAGUGGAAUCUGCUGCCAUCACCUCUCUUCACUUCUGCAGCGGCAGGGGUAGGCAGGGGGCAGGUGGGGACAGUGCCCCAUGGGAUUCUGGCACAAGAUGGUGGCUGCCUCAGCCCUUCUCAUGGGCAGGCCAGCCCUGUCAGUGGGUCUCCUCUGAGUAAAACUAGCUUUGGCCCAAACCCUCUGUUUGGAGUGCUGCAUAUCUCCUCACACCCCCUCCGUGUUCUGUCUAGGCCAAAGGCCAUGCCAAAAUGCGGCUGAAGAAUAUGCGGAGCCGUCUGAUGGAAAAGGUAAGCCACUCCAGACUUCUUCCUUAAAAUGAUUAAAGGUGAUGUACUGCUGGGUGAGUGUUCAGUGGCUCUUGUUUUGCAUUUGUUUAAAACCCAGUUGAAAAUUGCUUUUAGAGGUUUUUUAAAAUUAAAUUUCUGCUUUAGAUGUUAGAAUAUUCACUUAAACAACCAUAAAAUAUCAAUAAUAAUAAUAUUAUAAUAAUAAUUUUUUAAAAAAAUAUUUAUACCCCACCCUUCCUGGUUUAAAAACCAGGCUCAGGGCGGCUAACAGCAAAUUUAAAACACUGAUUAAAAUGCAACUUGAAAACAGCAUAAAACAGCAUAGAAUACAACAUAAAAUGCAAUAUCAAUAAAAUUCAAAAAUUUAGGGUCAUUGACUUCCCUUCCUCUCUUUCCAUGGUUCAUUUUGCACAACAUAAAUCCCUUUGUAUUUUAUAUAAACUGAACCAUUCAGUAUUCCAUUAUUACAUCCAUCAAAACUUAUUUACACUGUGGAAUUUAUCUUAAUGCUGCCCAGGUUUUCAAAUAAACACAGUUCCCCCCCAUAUAUACAAUAAACAUUUUCAAAUCUUCUUUAAACCUAUGUUCUCCUUGUUCUCUUGUUCUAGAUGUAAGGUCCACAAGCUGCGCAUAUUCCAUCAAUUUAAGUUGCCAAUCUUAUUUAGUUGGGACUUCUCUUGUUUUCCAUUUUUGGCCGAACAAAACACGAGCCGCGGUAGUGGCAUACAUAAAUAACCUUUUCCAACACCUGGGUGAAAAUUGUUUUUAAAUAUGAUUGAAUGUUUUACGAACAGAAGAAGAGACUAUUGGAUCAGGCCGAUGCUCUACCUAGUCUAGCAUCAUGUUUUCACCUUGGCCAGCCAGGUGUUUCUUGGAAACCCGCAAGGGCAACAAGAGCAACACUCUCCCUUCUUGUGGUUUCCAGCAACUGAUGUUCAGCAGCAUUAAUGCCUCCAACUGUAGAGGCAUAACAUAUGGUAGUCAUCAUGGCUGGUAGCCAUCCAUAGUCCUCACCUCCAGGAAUUUGUCUAAUCCUCUUUUAAAGCCAUUGGGGUGGGUGACCAUCACUUACUCCUGUGGGAGGGAGUUCCAUAGAUUAACUAAGCACAGUGGCGAAGGAACCCUCUCCAGCACCCAGGAUGGGAUGCUGAGGGGCAGGGCGAACUGCCCAAUGGUGCACAUGCAGCAGUCCAUAUGGUCGCCGUGUGAGAGGACGCCCGUAUGGACGGUGUACGAGAGAGGCAGCCAUACUAACUGCGUGCGCACACUCAGCCACUCUACAGCUGGGGGGCAGUGGGUCAUCUUGUCACACACACCCCAAGUGAUGCCCAGGGCAGCCUGCCCCGCCUUUGUACACCCUUGACUAUGCGCUGCAUGAAUAAGUACUAAACGGCUGUGAUCCUGUAUACCUGAAGGAGCGUCUCCACCCCCAUCGUCCAGCCUGGACACUGAGGUCCAGUGCCGAGGGCCUUCUGGAGUUCCUUCACUGCGAGAAGUGAGGUUACAGGGAACCAGGCAGAGGGCCUUCUUGGUAGUGGCACCUGCCCUGUGGAACGCCCGCCCAUCAGAUGUCAAGGCAAUAACCAACUAUCUUACUUUUAAAAGACAUCUGAAGGCAGCCCUGUUUAGGGAGGUUUUUAAUGUUUAAUGCUGUAUUGUGCUUUUAAUUUUUGGUUGGGAGCUGCCCAGAGUGGCUGGGAAAACCCAGCCAGAUGGGUGGGGUAUAAAUUAUUAUUAUUAUUAUCAUCAUCAUCAUCAUCAUCAUCAUCAUUUUCUUUUAUGUGUCCUGAAUCUUCCAACACUGUGUUGCCAGGGGCAGGGGAGAUACUUUUCUCUAUCCGCUUUCUCUAUGCCAUGCAUAAUUUUAUAAUUCCUUUCCAAUUCUGUGCUGCUAGUAGACAUGACUCAAAGAAAAGUAACCAAGUUCCAAUUGCCCUUCUUUAAAAACAGUUAACUAUCUUAAACUCAGGGUACAUUCCACAUAUUGACCUGCAAUAUAGCUUAUUUCUGUAAAUACCCCCUGCCAGAAGGGGAGCCAGUGUGGUGUAGUGGUUAAGAGCAGUGGACUCAUAAUCUGGGGAACCGGGUUCGCAUCUCCCGCUCCUCCACCUGCAGCUGCUGGGUGACCUUGGGCCAGUCACACUUCUCUGAGGUCUCUCAGCCCCACUCACCUCACAGAGUGUUUGUUGUGGGGGAGGAAGGGAAAGGAGAAUGUGAGUCGCUUUGAGACUCCUUUGGGUAGUGAUAAAGCAGGAUAUCAAAUCCAAACUCUUCUUUAUACACAAGGCUGUUCAAAUGAAGUUUUUGAGCUGUUUUUAAGGGAAAUUGCCCAAAAUGACACUGCCGACAUGGGUUGCCAUACAUCCGGAUUUUCCUGCACAUUUUUAGCAAUUUCUGCCGGACGCUGCUUCUGGCUGCAGUAUUCCAGAUACGUCCAGGAAAUUCUGGACAUAUGGCAACCCUAACUAUUGCAGCCUCUCCAGUUAGCUUCUUCUUUGACAAGCUAGCUGCUGGUGUGGGGUCUGGAUCAGGGCUGGAUUUAGGUUGGAUGAGGCCCUAAGCUACUGAAGGUAAUGGGGCCCUUUAUAUGUCCAGCUGUCCUUUGUCAACAACAAAUUGUCACUGUUUUUUGUGUUGAAUAUAUGCUAUAUGGUAAUUUAUGGACCUAAUAGGUAUCUAAAGCCAUUUGCGCAUAACAAAAUAUGUAUUUUAUCAAAGUAAUUAUUACAACCAGUCAAUGCAGAAUGCAGGCACCCUAUAUAUAGAAAUGAGCAAAUCAGUAAUAUUUUAGGGAACAGGCUAGCAGGUGGGGCCCAUUACUUACAUCAUAGGAGCCUACACAAAACAAAACACUGUUGCUGUACAUAGGUUUUAUUUUUUAUCUUAAAUUUUGGAAAUGUACAUCCGCUUUCUUUUUCCUUUAGUUUUUUUGGGGGCCCCAAGAGAGUGGAGCCCUAAGCUAUAGCUUGUUUAGCUUAUACAUAAAUCCGGCACUGGUCAGGAUGGGAAGCAAAGCUUAUGCUCAGAAUAAUCUUGUCCUCUCUAGGAUUCCAGUACAGGCCCUCAUCGACAGCGAGGGCAUUCCUCGAACUGUGACCAUAUCUCCGACCCCAUCAUGCCCACCAGGAAUAGGCAGUCUGAAAGCUUGCAAAGCCGGUUGCCCAUCACCCAGCACUUUGGGAAGGUAAGGGGGGAACUGAGUAAUUGAAAAUGGGUGGGGAGCCUGCACUGCCGCCACCACCCUGAGAUAGUGUUGGACUGUAGCUUCCAUCAAGCCUGGCAGUUGACUGGAGCUGAUGGGAACUGGGAAUCUUGAAAGGUCAUAAUUUCCCUAUCCCUCACCUAAAACAACAUGCGAGGAAAAGAAGAGGAACCGGGUCAGGGGGCACCCGGAAGAGGAUUCCCUCAAGAGUGUACAGUGGUACCUUGGGUUACAGACGCUUCAGGUUACAGACGCUUCAGGUUACAGACACCGCUAACCCAGAAAUAGUACUUCAGGUUAAGAACUUUGCUUCAGCAUGAACAGAAAUUGUGUGGCGGCAGUGGGAGGCCCCAUUAGCUAAAGUGGUGCCUCAGGUUAAGAACAGUUUCAGGUUAAGAACGGACCUCCGGAAAGAAUUAAGUUCUUAACUCGAGGUACCACUGUAUCUGCAUUGGUGCAAAUGGGCAGCCUUAACACUUGCUGCAUGCACUCUGUGCAAAUGUGGAGUCACGGAUGUUCCUGUGCAGGAGAUCAGUGCAAGAACUUGUCUGAUAGUCGCAAGCCAGUUGCAUCAACAACACAACAGGCAGAAUCUGUGACCCGCAGAGGUUGUUGAAUUCCAACUCCCACCAGCCCCAGUCACUAUGGCCCAACAGUCGAGCAAUAUCUGGCGGGCCCAGGUUGCUUACCUCUAACACAGGUGUAAUAAAUCAAAAUCUGCCCUUAUUCCCUUAUGGGGGACACAAGAGCCCUUAUAGAGUCCUUUGUAGGUUCUUCAUCGGUCGGAGACAAGAACAGAGGCCAACCAGAGAAUACUGAGAAGCAAAGCAGCUUGUAAGCCUGAUCUUUAUUGAACUGUUGCAACAGGGUGCUCCCCUCACACACAGGAAAAGGAGGACCCAGGACCCAGGUGUGCCCGCCCUUAUAUAGACAUAUUAAAUUGCCAGCCUUGGAGUCCAAGACCGCCCCCAGACACAUCAUACCUACAUCACAGAAAGGGGUGUAGCUCAAGAGAUAUCUGAGUGCUUUGUUUACCUCCUGUCUGGCAAGUUACCUGUUAAUGCUUACUUGAUUGGAUACCCUGGGGAGCCUGGCCAGUCUUUUGUAAUGAUAAAUACUUAGUUCCUGAGCCAGGUCACAGGCUCACCCUAUUCAUACACAGACAUACCCUUAAAACGGGAUUUGUUAAUGAAAAGAAAAUGGGGAACCUUUUCCAUUUUCCUUUGACUUUGCAGAGAAAACAUUUGGUCAGUUUAGGAGUCAAAAUGGUUCCAGGACUGUUUUCCUGUGCUGCUUCAGACAUGUGGUUUAUAUAUUUAUGUACGUGUUUGCUUGGUACAUUUAUGAACAUUUAUUAUAUAUAUAAGACCUUAAUUUUUUAUUUCACAGGGGUCAGCAAACUUUUUCAGCAGGGGGCCGGUCCACUGUCCCUCAGACCUUGUGGGGGGCCAGACUAUAUUUGAAAAAACAAAAUGAUGCAAAAGCACCACGAGCCCGGUGGCUGCUUACCUGUGUCUUGCCAGCGUCAGGGGCUGGCAAAGGUGGCACAAUGAGCGGUGCACGAAAGGGCUCUGGAGAGGGUCUGCUUUAAAUGGCGGCCGCUCGAGCGCUGCUGCUGCUGGCACCAACAAAGCCCAUCCCCCUCCCUCCUCUAGGCAGGGCGAGGAGAAGCCAGGAGGAGGGAGGGAGGAGGCACUGCCGCUGCCGCCGCCGUGUGAGGGAGAGGGAAAGAACGUAUGCCCUGGCGAUCCACGCGGCGAUUCCUGGACCGUCCAUGGGCCAGAUCCAGAAGGCAAUUGGGCCUGAUCCGGCCUGCUGGCCUUAGUUUGCUGACCCAUGCUCUAACAUAAGGAAAUGAGCAGAUUAGUGCAGCUCCCAUUGUUUUAUAGAAAUGUUCUGCAAAUUUUGCCUGUGUCUGGCUUUAUAUGCAAAAGGCAUCAGUAUGCAAAAGUUAAGGAAUAAAUAAAUUGGGAGUAAAUAAGUAAAGAAACAGGGGCAGAUGAUUUUUUUUUAAAUGCUACCUUAAGGCUCCCAUGUAUGGCUAGCUCCUAAAUAUGUUAUUCAGAAGGAAGCCCUUAUAGGUUCAGUGGAUCUUACCGCCUAAUAUCCCCUUGCAUUCAAAAGUCUACUUCUGACUGUGCUUCUUUGUGUCAAAUGUAGAGAGCAGCACUGUAAUCAUGAGAGCUGAGUUCACAUUUGUACCGAAAAAUAAGUUACAAUAUGCAAAGCAGAAAAACGGGAUAGAAAAUUUGGCUGAAUUACAGUGGUACCUCACAAGACAAAUGCCUCACAAGAUGAAAAACGCGCAAGACGAAAGAGUUUUUCGUUUUUUGAGGUGCUUCGCAAGACGAAUUUCCCUAUGGGCUUGCUUCGCGAGACGAAAACGUCUUGCGAGUUUGUUUCCUUUUUCUUAAAACCGUUAAUACCGUUAAAACCGUGCUUCGCAAGACGAAAAAAAUCGCAAGACGAAAAAACUCGCAGAACGAAUUAAUUUCGUCUUGCGAGGCACCACUGUAGUUGCACAACACAUAUGGGCAUUGUGUACUAUUUAACUGCCAUGUCUUCUGCUAAAGAAUACAGGGAAUUGUAGUUUGUUGAGAGUGCUCAGAUAUUCUCUGUUGGAGAUCCUUAGCUCUCCUUGCAGAUCAACAAUUCCCUGGUGAGAGGGAAUGACUGAAAGCGGGUUUGUUGGCAGUAAAGAGACAUCCAGUGUUAAGGAUUGCCAAGGAUGAUGGCUAAUGUUUAGGGAAGUUUUUAAUGUUUGAUGUUUUAUCACUUUUUAUUAUUAUUAAUAUUCUGUUGGGAGCCACCCAGAGUGGCUGGGGAAACCCAGCCAGAUGGGUGGGGUAUAAAUAACAAAUUAGUAGUAGUAGUAGUAGUAGUAGUAUUACUAAUGGAGAAAGCAGCCUGGCUGUCCUGAGAGUCUCCAGCUGAAUCCAUGCCCCACCUUACACUAGAGUGGGGAAUAUGUAGUUUUGAAUAAUGGAGAAAGGGCCGCUAAUCACCAGGACAUUUUGUUCUGGACAAGGGGAUCAGAACCCUUACAGGUGUGUGUCCAGUGCCGGAUUUACAUAUAAGCUAAACACGGGUGGCACUAUGGACACGGGUGGCGCCAGUGGCGUAGCGUGGGGGGUGCAGGGGGGCUGGCCACACCGGGCACAACAUCUGGGGGGGGCGCGCUCGCACUCGCAGCUCUCUGCCCCUACCUGGCUCACUCACUCUCUCUCACUGCAGUGCUGGCUGUGCGAAUCCGAUCCGAGUCGCUGGGUCGCCGCCCACUGUGGAGGGGGUGGGUGCCAGGCGUGCGGUGCGGAGAGAGAGCGAGGGACUAUCUGGGGAAGGGACAGUGCAGCGGCCGCCCAGCGCAGCGCUGAGCGCGGGAGAGAACCACACCAGACCAGACCAGGCAGCAGCAAGAAGAAGCUGGCAGCGGCGGCAGGUUAGGGGUUAGGGGGCACAAAUUACUUGCCUUGCCCCGGGUUAGGGGGCGCAAAUUACUUGCCUUGCCCUGGGUUAGGGGGCGCAAAUUACUUGCCUUGCCCCGGGUUAGGGGGCGCAAAUUACUUGCCUUGCCCCGGGUGCUGACAACCCACGCUACGCCGCUGGGUGGCGCUGUGGGUUAAACCACAGAGCCUAGGACUUGCUAAUCAGAAGGUCGGCGGUUCGAAUCCCUGCGACGGGGUGAGCUCCUGUUGCUCAGUCCCUGAUCCUGCCAACCUAGCAGUUCGAAAGCACGUCAAAGUGCAAGUAGAUAAAUAGGUACUGCUCCGGCGGGAAGGUAAACGGUGUUUCCGUGUGCUGCUCUGGUUCGCCAGAAGCGGCUUAGUCAUGCUGGCCACAUGACCGGGAAGCUGUACGCCGGCUCCCUCGGCCAGUAAAGCGAGAUGAGCGCCGUAAUCCUAGAGUCAGUCACGACUGGAGCUAAUGGUCAGGGGUCCCUUUACCUUUGCCUUAAACAAGCUAUAGCUUAGGGCCCCACUCUCUUGGGCCCCCCAAAAAAAUUAAAGGAAAAAAACCUGGGUGUACAUUUCUAAAAUAUAAGAUAAAAAACAAAUAACAUAAAACCUACGUACAGAAACAGUGUUUUGUGUUGUGUAGACUCCUCUGAUGUAAGUCAUGGGUCCCCAAUCAUUUUAAGUUAGAGCUUAAUAAUUAUUUCACUUCUUCUUAAUUGUAUUGCACUGUUAAUAUACUUCUUCUUAAUUGUAUUUCAGUUCAACUAUUACUUUGAUAAAAUUACAUAUUUUGUUAUGUGCAAAUGGCUUUAGAUACCUAUUAGGUCCAUAAAUUACCAUAUAGCAUAAAUGUUGUGCUCUCUUUCUCUUCACAGUCUCGCCCCAGGCGACCACAAAGACAGAGCAGCAGUACAGAAUUGGAGUCACAAAGGUAAGGCCUGCUUACCCCCCGCUCUCUCUUUGCUGUUCUCAGCUCUGCUUCCCACAUCCUGUGAGUGUUUCAGGGCUGGCCCAGCAGGUGGAUCAGAAUCUGCUGGGAAAUGAUCCUACACAAGCCUCGCUGCAAUGAAUUAGGUUCUGUGACUGGGGGGAAACCAUGUUCAGUUAAACCUCUUGGGCUACAGUGUUGUGCACCCUUAAAUCUGAGAAUAAGUCUCACUGAGCUCAGAGGAAGUUUCCUAGUUCUGAGUAAACCUAUAGGGAUGGGAGGAUUAUCUCUAGGGGAAACCAUCACUGCUCUUGGGGGUGUCAUUGUGUUCCAGAGUUCCACAGAUGUUUAAACAAAUAAUUUCCAAACUGAUUAAAAAACAAACAGACCCGUGGUUUUACUCAUCUGUUCUUCCAUAAACACUCAGGGAUGAGGUAUUUGUUGUGUCUUGUUAAAUGAUUAAAAAUAAUCAUAAGCUGCCAUCAUCUUUUUGUGGUAAAAACAGAAGAGUCUGCUGGCACCUUGAGGAAAAACUGUUCUACUGUUUAGUUAAUUUGUCUUCUAGGUUCAUGAUUUUCAAAUCUGAAAUAGUAAUUUAGACAGCCAAACAGAACAUCCCCUCUGAAUCGCGCUUCUGCGGAGGAAUUUAUGUAUUUAUUUAUAAACCUCGUUUUUUAAAAAAGAAGUAAAGUGUGGCAUAAGCUUUUAUGGUCCAGAGCUCACUACUAGCAGAUUGUUGCUCCUUUGCCAGUAGGAUUAAAUCACAUGCUAGUAAAUUCAAGUUGUGCAGUUAAAGUAGAUUUGAAACUCACUCCGCUGCACCAAAUUGAACUUUAUGCAGUAAGCAAAGUGAUGGGGAAAUGCACAGGUAAAAAGUGGGUUGACAACUGCUUGGCAGUUGACAGGGCAUCAGGUGCCAUUAGCCAGUCACAGUUCUAUUGUGCUUUUCCAUGGGCAAUGGAAUGGGUAAUAUUCCAGCAAAAUAUUAAAAUACAAUAAUGCAUCAAAUAUUAAAAUCUUCGCUAAACAAGGCUGCCUUCAAAUGUCUUCUAAAAGUCAGGUACUUGUUUAUUUCUUUGACAUCUGGUGGGAAGGCAUUCCACAGGGCGGACGCCACCACCGAGAAGGCCCUGUGCCUGGUUCCCUGUAACUUUACUUCUCGCAGUGAGGGAACCACCAGAAGGCCCUCAGAUCUGGACCUCAGUGUCCAGGCUGAACGAUGGGGGUGGAGACGCUCCUUCAGGUAUACUGGGCAGAGGACGUUUAAGGCUUUAAAAGUCAGCACCAACACUUUGAAUUGUGCCCGGAAACAUACUGGGAGCCAAUGUAGGUCUUUCAAGACCGGUGUUAUAUGGUCUCGGUGGACGCUCCCAGUCACCAGUCAAACUGCCGCAUUCUGGAUUAGUUGCAGUUUCUGGGUCACCUUCAAAGGUAGCCCCACGUAGAGCACAUUGCAGUAGUCUAGGGGUCAGCAACCUUUUUCAGCCGUAGGCCAGUCCACCAUCCCUCAGACCAUGUGGUGGGCCAGACUAUAUUUUGAAAAAAAUAAUGAACGAAUUCCUAUGCCCCACAAAUAACCCAGAGAUGCAUUUUAAAUAGAAGCACACAUUCUACUCAUGUAAAAACACCAGGCAGGCCCCACAAAUAACCCAGAGAUGCAUUUUAAAUAAAAGGACACAUUCUACUCAUGUAAAAACACGCCGAUUCCCGGACCGUCUAAGGGCCGGAUUGAGAAGGCGAUUGGGUCGCAUCUGGCCCCUGGGCCUUAUGUUUCCCACCGCUGCAGUAGUCCAAGCGGGAGAUAACCAGAGCAUGCACUGGUUCCUGCCAUCUGAGAGCACAGAAAAGUGUUGGAAGGAGAAGAGUAGUAGCACCAUCUCUGCAGAUUUCCUUAGCACUAUUCUCUCUUUUUUUUUUUUAAGGAGAGGCAUGUAUUUAAUGUGCAUAGUGACAUAUCAAAUGGACAGAAAAUAUCCGCCCUCUUCAAAGCAUGGAAAGGUGCCAGGAGCUGUCUAUGUAGAAAUGCCUCUUUAAAAAAACCCACACAGCAAUGCAAGAGACAGCAGGAACUGUGUCCCAUUAAUAGGCGGAGCCCUGAUUAAUACCAGAGCGGGUGUGAUUAACUUGCAGAUAUACAGCACUGGUGAAAAAUUAGCAUUACAACAAGGCAGAAUGCAUAGUGGGGCAUUGCCUUUCUAUAGCAAGAUGGCUCCUCCCACAGGAUCAUAUCUGCUAAUGAAUUCAAACUGGCUUCUCUUGAAUUCUUUAGCAAACAGGACAAUGUCGUACAGUGGUACCUCAGGUUAAGUACUUAAUUCGUUCCGGAGGUCCGUACUUAACCUGAAACUGUUCUUAACCUGAAGCACCACUUUAGCUAAUGGGGCCUCCUGCUGCCGCCAUGCUGCCGGAGCCCGAUUUCUGUUCUCAUCCUGAAGCAAUGUUCUUAACCUGAAGCACUAUUUCUGGGUUAGCGGAGUCUGUAACCUGAAGCGUAUGUGACCUGAAGCAUAUGUAACCUGAGGUACCACUGUACUUGGAGUAGUUGCACAGCCCCUCCUGUAAAGACGCGUAAGCCAUGCCCUGUGGCCAUCCAAGCUGAGUUUUGUUUUUGUGAAGUCCCUGUGAGUUUUGCUCCACAGAAAUUUUGCAGAGAGCAUGGAUGUGGUGAGAGGGUAACAGAACAGGCCCAAACAAGCUUUUACAGGUCACCUACACCCAAAAUAAAUUUGGGAGCUGUUCUGUGGUGCAGUUCAACUGUCGUGCAGGUAAUGUGAUAAUUAGCAGUGUUUAGCUCAAGCGCUGCCCGGGGCUAGUCUAUAAACAAUCACAACAACGCAAAUCCACCUACCAACCUACUGCCUUUCACAUGGGAGAGGGGGAACUGAACAUACCCAGGUUCAAAACAAGGAUGAAUUGCCUUUCCAGCUUUCUUCAUAAACUACAGAAGUCAAAAUCUUGCUGAGUGGGGCCAGAAACAAUACAAGGAGGGACAAAUAAGGCUGGUUCCCUUGGCCAUUGUGUUGCAUGAACAUGCUGAUCUCCCAUGUCACUUUACAUGGACCUUUCGAACGUCGUUGUUUUCAUGUACCGCAGGGGUCAGCAACCUAAGGCCCAGGGGCCGGAUGCAGCCCAAUUGCCUUCUAAAUCUGGCCCAUGGACUGUCCGGGAAUCAGCUUGUUUUUACAUGAGUAGAAUGUGUCCUUUUAUUUAAAAUGCAUCUCUGGGUUAUUUGUGGGGCCUGCCUGGUGUUUUGACAAGAGUAGAAUGUGUGCUUUUAUUUAAAAUGCAUCUCUGGGUUAUUUGUGGGGCAUAGGAAUUCGUUCAUUUCCCCCCAAAAAAAUAUAGUCCGGCCCACCACAUGGUCUGAGGGACGGUGGACCGGCCCACGGCUGAAAAAGCUGACCCCUGAUGUACUGUACAGCAUUUUAUUCCUGAUCACAUUUCUCAUGUGAAACAUAUAUUCUUUCAGGGAAGUUUCCAACUCUUCCAGCUCAAGCUCGCUGGAUUGUUCUUUGGAGCCUGGAGAAACUGAAAAUCUGCACCCGGACUUUCUGGAUACAGGUGGGAUUGAUCUCUUAGGUGAAAUCUUUGAGACUCUAAACUUGCUGGAGCCAAGCCAAGCCCAGCGGCCACUCUAUGGGACGCGGAGCCUGGACUUCUGCAACCUAGAAGAGAGGAACUUCUAUACCAAGGUAAGCCCUCCUAGUUUGGCUCUCUGUGCACCUGUCAAAGAGGCCAAGCGUGGACAGCAGCAAAUUCCAACUCAGUCUCUUUGUCUGUUGUAGCAGAGGCCCAGCAGGAACACACUCCAUGAACCCCUGUCUGAGGAAAAGGAUGAUGGUGGUGAUGAUGAUGAUGAUGAUGACUCAUUGUCCGAGGGCACCCUGCUCCCAGCCUCUCCGGAUCAGGAGCAUGUGCAGAAUGCUCUGCUAGUGUCCACCAGAGCAGCAGAAAAUAGCUUUGAGAAGUGGGACCGUGACGUCCCUGAACCCGAAGAGAUUCCUUGCCCUGAGAAGUCAGCAGUUCCAUCGCAAGGGGAGACAGCAGUUGUUACCACUGGCUAUGAGCUGCCGCAAGUGGCAUGGACCCGGAAUACAGACCACGAGAACUCCAGCACAAAUGAAAAUGGAACUGAAAGCUGCACUGAGGUGGAGUCCGGACAGGAGUCUAGGACUGACCCGAUGCUCAAACUCACUUCAGCCAUUGCCGCCGCCAAGGCAGAGCCACCAGCAACCAAUUGCUCCGGCAUCCAGUCACCUGCGGCUUUGUCCCAAAGAAAAGUGAAUGUGGACACCGACUUCAAGACCAAGCACGGUGUGUCAGCCCUUGGGGUGGUCACUAGACCACCAUACUCCUUGACUUCCCGGCCCUUGGCCAAAGUGUCAGAGCUGAAGAAAAGAUUCGAGGCCUAGAAAGUGAGUGAGGAGUCUGUAGCCUUGGAAGAGGAACACCUGUCUGUUUUUUGAUUUCCGGGGUGAAGUAGUAGCUUCUGUGGCCGGAGGCUGCACUACAGGCCUCUCCUCUGGUGCCACAAGGCAGCUCCGGGCUUUGAAAGGCACUGAGGGAAACACCCCAUCGCUCCGGGAAUCAAUAGUGACUUCUAGAAGCAGAAGUGGGUUCUCCUCCUAGUCCCAGUGCAUAGGACUCGCUUGCUGCCUGACUUGUAACCUGCCCCCUGCUCACUACUAGAAGACAGUAGUGCUUUUUUUCUGGGGAUACUCAUACACCUGAACAUUUUGUGAAUCUACGUUUGGCCUCAUUGAAGGGCAGAAUUUCAAUAUGAGUAGGAAAAUGAGAGUACCCCUAAACAUUUUUAAAGAAAAAAUCAAUGUGUGUGUGUGUGUGUGGUGUGUGUGUGUGUGUACAGUCAUAUUCCUGGGACUGGGGGAAAGACUGCUUUAGCACCAUUCCUCUCCUAAACACAUGAAAUUGCUCUUCAUGUAACUUUUCCCAAUAUGGAAACCAUAUCAGGGAAAGUAUGUAACUGGAAAAGGACAAGCUAUCAUCAUGGGGUGGUUCAACAUAUGUACUGCUUGCUACUCAGUGGCUGCAACAUCAGUUAAUUUGGGGGGGUGCGCACAUGUGAAUAAACAUAAAUAAAACCAAGGAACUUUA